CUUGAAAUCACUAUCAUUUUUUUCUUUGAAAAAAAAAAUAAAUAAUAUUUACAUUUUUUCGUCGUCCAAAUCUUGUCGACGUAUCCUUUACAUUUUUGUUGUUCAAUUAAAAUAAUAUCUUAAUUUUCUUCAACACUGCUUACACAGAAUAUUAUUAUGAUAUCCUGUGUAACCAUGCUCAAUACUCAUUGCAAAUGCCGCCAGAAUAAAAUUCAAUAAUCGUCGAAUUACUGAAAUCGUUCAUCUAAAUAAGCGGUAAGUUUUAAUAAUAAUAUUUCUUACCUACUUAGUACUUAUACCCAUAUCGCAAGAAAUAAUUUUCGUUAAAUUGACCACUUUUUAAUAAUAAACGGUACCUACACCUGUAAUUGUAGGUACAAUAUAUUUGUAAUAUGUAUAUUUUUUCUAUACUCAAAUGAAUUACCGAAUUACUCAAUCAUUUUUAAAUUGAUAAUUUACCACUAUAAAAAAUAAAAACAAAUCCAACAUGUAGUGCAUAAAUUAUUAUUUUUCAGUAUUGUGUCCAUUAAUAAUUCGUCUUUAUCCUGAUGCUAUGACCAUUGUUUACCGUACUUACCUAAAACUUAUUCAAAUUUUGUUUUAUAUGUUUAAAUUAUUUUAAAUUUUUAUAUUUUGUGUUCCUCUUUAUUAAUAACUUAAUAGUCAUUCAUUUCCUGAACAUUAAUGGUGAUUAAAAAUAUAAUUAAGCGCUUUAGGUAUUGCAUUCAAAUGUUGAGUUUUAAAAAUAUUGACCUAUUUGAUAUUCAUAUCAUCCAAACAAUCAGUACAUUUUGUCAAUAUUGGCUCAAACUUUUUUGGCCAUUGGCUAUACAACCCAGUUGUUUUUAUUUUUUAGUUUUUAUUUAGUGCUAGUUUAGUCAACCAGCAGGCAACACGGUUUAAACUUAUUAGUCUUGUGGAAUCAGCUUCAGAACUAUCUACCCAUUGUCUAUUCACUAUCUAUGUUUAGUGUUGAAACUUACAUAGUCUCAUUGACUUUUACUAAGUACUAAUUAUAUAGGUAUGAUGAAUUUAAUAACGCCAUCUGGAUACAAAUUUUAAACUGAAAUAUCAGAUAACAUUAAUACCAGUAAUGUUUAUUUACAUUACCUAGGUAUGGAUUUUUUCAUUAAGAUAUUGUACUUAUUGUAUUUAAACAUACUGCAUUAUUAUUAUUAACACAUAGUAUGAAGACUGUUACAAAUUGUUUGGCUUUUAUAUUAAAAGGAAAUGAUACUAAUGACAGUUAAAACUUAAAUUUAAAUAUUAAAACAUACCUAGUUACCUAAAUAAUUAUUGAAGUGAGAAUUUGUUCUAUAUUUUUUUUAGAAACUUAUAAAAAACUAUCCAUUUUAUUCAAACAAAUUUAAAAUUAAAAUUUAGGUAUUAAAUAUUUUAUUAAUGAAAUAAUUUAAGUAGGUAGGUGCGUAUACAAAAUACCUACUUAUUCAAAACAAACUUCCUAUUUAAAAUACUUAAAACUUUUACUUACCCUAUCUUAAUGGCAACUACAUACCUAUCUGUGAAAAUGUGAUCUUCAGGAGAUCUAAAAAACUGAUUGUUUUUCAUUUUACAUACAUAAUAGACAUAUACAUGUCAAUGCAGUAUUGUAUUAUGAAGAUAGUAGGUACAUGAAAAUAUUAUUGAAUAUAUAUUUACUAUAUUUGUUUUUUUGUUUAUUGUUUUGUUUUAUAAAACAUUUAUAUAAAAUAAUAUUAAUAUUUAUUUCAAUUGUAUAUUAACAUAUAUUAUUUUCAUUAUUAUUAGUAUAAUUAAUAAAUUCACAUAAUUAUUACUACAUUGCCCUUAUACAUUACAAUUAAUUAGAACCGCAUUGAUGAUCCACCAACUAACGAAGUGAAGACACUUUAUUAGACCACAACUGAAUUAAACAUAUUAUUCUAGAUGCUUGCUACCCCAUGAUUUUACUUAAAAUGAUGCCUAUGCACUUAUAAGCUUGUUAAACUAUAAAUACCAUUUUCGAGUCCAUAAGAAAAAUUUUAAAUAUUCUAUCCAUGGAUAGGUGAAGUCUUACUUAUAAUAAAUUAUAUGUGUUUCAAUUUCUAGAACACUCAUAGAUCGCUCAGUUUGCUCCAAUAAACAAAUGACAAGAGAUCUUAUUUAUUAAAUCUUGAAUUUAGUUGGAGAAUUGAGAAGGUCACUUUUGGAUUUUUCGAGUAGUCUUGAUAAUAAUUGUGAAAAUUGGAAGCUAUAAAGAAUAACUGACAAAUUUGCUGCAAUAGUUUCAUUAUUUUCUAUUUUUUAAAUGUUAUUUUUACCAGAAAUCUUGGUCAAAUUAUUAAAAAUAAUAUUUUUUUUUACUUAAGAAAAUUGUGUCUAUUUUCUGUGUAAAAAAUCUGUUUAUUAAUCAUUGAAAAACCAUAAAAGUUUAUAGAAAUAACAAUUUCAUUAUUUUAGUUUUGUUUUCUUGUUAUACUGCUAUUAUAAGUACUCAUAAAGAACUGAAAUUUUCACACAAUACUUGUAGUGUAUUUUUAUAGAUUUAUUAAAAUUUUCAAAAUAUGAUGACUGUUUUUAAGUUCUAUAUAGGGAUUGGAAUUUUCGAGUUUUUAAAUUUUUAUAGUAAAUAGAAAGUAAUACAUAUAUGUUUAAAACUAUAAAUAUAAUUAUAUUAUCUACAACAUUUAAAUUGCACUAUAUCCAUUCUAUAUAAUAUGCAAUAAUUGUAUGGGAUGCCCAGGCAUUAUAAUGAAAUGCUCAAGUUGUAUACUUUGCCUAUAACCUAAUUUACCUAAAUAUUAUUAUACCUAAUUUAUAACUUGAUUAAAUAGAAUUUUUUUUAAAAAAUAAAUUUAGGUAAUAUAUUUAUAAAAUAGGUAAUUUUUAUUACCUGUUUUGAUGUAUUAUUAUUAUUUUUUUUUGAAAUUGUAUUGUUUCAUAAAUAAAUAAAUACUUACUAACAACUGUAAUACCCAUGAAUUAGUAAUCAGUGAUUAUUAUAGACCUCUGUUUAUUAUGAAUAGGUACCUAUAAUUUAUAAUAACAAAUAAUUGAUUACACUUAAUAUCAAUAUUCUACUAACUUUUAAUAAUAAUUAUUUGAUUACAUUUAUAUUUUCCAAACAGUUCCUAAACUUUUAUUAAACAUUAACUUUAAAAAAUAAAAUAUCUAAUCACUUAUAAAAAUACUGUUGUUAUAGAAUAUUUCGAGCUUAAAAAUAUAUUAUUAUAAAGUUUUAAUAGGUUUAUUAUUCAUUAUUCACUUAAAAUAAAAUAUGCAGAUAAAUGCAUAUGUUAAAACUAUUAUGUGUUAUCUACUUCUAUUUCAAAUUUACCACAUGUAAAUUAAUAUAAUUUUUUUAAAUUUUUUUUUCUAAUUUCUUAAAAAUAAUGUAUAUUAAAAAAAUAUUGUUGUAUUGGAAGCUGUUAUUGAUAUUUUAAUUUGUAUAACAAUUUUGAGUAAUUUUAUGAAAAACUUAUAAGUGUAGGUAUCCUAUAAGUAAUUCAUAUCAUACAAAAUAAAGAAUACCAUAAUUAUUUCUUUUUUUUCUGAUUUCGUUUGAUUCUGAUGAUUAAAAAUAUUUUAAAUAUAUAAAGUUCCAUUUGAUACCUAUACCUAUGACGUUAUUACUCUUGAAAGUGAUUCCUAUAAACAUAACCUCGUGUUGAGUAACAUAUUAACCCCUCCUAUAGUAGUAGUUCGUUCUCCCAACUGUUAACUGUAUAGUUGUUAUUCCCCUCUCAUUCACUUCAAUGGAACACGCAUGGUGGACCAGCCACAGUCAUCUUGCCAGUGAAGAGAGACUAACUUGAUCUCAUAUUUAUUUUAUUUUCUUAAUGGCGUGCAUGUUUUCCUGUUUGGCCUAAAUAAAUUAUUAUUAUUUUUAUUCACAAUACAUUUUUACUUAAAUAAAAUAUUAUGUAUUAAAUUAAUUUAUUAAAAUUUAUUACAUAUAAUUUUUAAAUGAUAUUAUACUAUAUUUUAGUGUUUAUUGUGAAUUAUUGUGUAGAUUCUUAGAGAAAAAUGAAAUCUAAAAGAAACUAAGUCAUAUUAGUUUUUUUUUUCUUAAGUGAUUUUUUUCAAUCAAUAAAGUCCGAAUAUGAAAACCACCAAUAUUAAUAAAGAGGUGAGACAAAAAAAUAUAAACAAUUAUAAUACUGUAUUUCGGUUUAAGCAUAUAUGCAGUGGGUAUCUCUUAUAAAUACAUGAGGUAUUUAAAAAAAAUACACAUUUAUAUUGGGUAUUUUAAUAUAAUUAUAUAUAUAUAAUUAUACAAACAAUUUCUAUUAAAUGGUAUAAUUUUUAGGGAAUUUAUGAGUUUGUUUAGUUGCCUAUGAUAUUUACAGUUUUGGGCAACUUUAUUAUAAUGAUUUAUUAUAAUUUUACAUAAAAUCAUUGUAACAAAUUUAUCAUUAGAGAUACCUAGUCAAUUUACCCUAGAUAGUAUUUUAUUCAAUAAUACAGAUAAUAGACUGUACAAAAUGAUACUAAGAAAAAAUUAUGAAAAAAAUCAUAUAGGAGGUGAAGGUACCUACACCACCUUACCUAGUUAAGCGAAGUAAUACUAGACAAAAUACUCCUUCUCCUAUGUCCUUUUUUUAAAUUUUGUGAAUCUUUUCUCACCUGUUAGUUAUCUGUUAACUAUGGUGGUUUUAUGGUGGAAGGAAUUCCAGGGGUCUGGAUCAUCCCAGAUCCCAAGUUUAGACUACUAAAAGUAGAUUUUGUGUUAUAAUUUUUAAAUUAAACUUAAACUUUGUUGUUGAUUAAAACAUAGGUAUAAUCAUGUAGAUAAGUAAACAAAUAUUAAGUUAAUUAAAAUAAAUUAAUAAAUAUUGGGUAAAUAUUUUUUUGGUUGAUUAAAAUAUACAUUGUAAAUUAAUAUCAAAGAACCCUUCCUCCAUGAAAAAAGUUAAAACACUGCCUCUAUUUUUAUUGAAAUUUAGUUGGUUAUUUUGCUGUUGGUGAAUUAAAAAAAAAAAAAUUCCUUGCUUUACUUUGAAUCUAAAACAAUUAUUUAAAAUAAUAUCUAAAAUUGUUGAUUUAAGUCAUAUCAACCAAAUAUAUUAUCUUCCUAUUCUAUUACUAUAGCCUAUAACAUUUAUAAUGGUUUGUAAAAUAUUAAAGAAUUCAAAUUUAGUAACUUAGUUCUUUAUUAUUGAUAUUUAUAAAUAAUUAAUUAAUGACUUAUAAUAUUAAUUAUAUACUUAUUUUAUCAAUAGUAGAAAAUAAUAUUUUAAUAUUUAUUUGUUCUUGGUAGAGAUGAUUUAUUUUGUAUCUAGAGCCAUAGGCGUGUCUUCGAUGGCAGCCUGGGCUGCCCCAACAAUUUUUAAAAAAUUGCUAGUAAAACUGGUCAACCAAAUUUUAUGUCUAGUGGCUUACAACUUUAAUUAAAAAAAAAAAAUUUCUUAUGCAUUGGAUAAUAUUUCUGUACUUAAAUUUAAAGGCACUGAAAAUAUUGUUCAUUAUUAUGUGUAAAAAGAUAAUACAGACUUUUUUAAAUUAUAUAAAUAUUUAUUGUGGGGACCUCUCCCCAUCCUAUUUAAAAGGUAUUUAAGUGGCACCGGUCAUUAGCUAGGCUGUCACUGCAGAUGAAGUCUAGUCACCUCUAUGCCUAGAACUAUACAAUUAAUAAUAAUUAUUGCUAUCAAUAUGAUUCUGGGCUAUUGUCCACAGCAGCUUAUUAUUUUACAUUAGUAUAAUAAUUGUUUUUCAAUUAAUAUAUUUUUGUUAAACAUCUUUGUGAAAAAUGGUUUUACAAGUAUUUAUUAUAAAUAUAAUUAAUAAUUACUUACUUGUUUCUAUACAUUUAAGGUAAUAUUUAUAGUACUACACAGUACACAUUUACAGUAAAUAUGCUAAAUUGAUUUAUUUAUUAAUAAAAAUACUUUAGAUAGGUGAUAGAUAAAAAAUUGUCUAUCUAUGACCCUUCUCUAUUCCUUUGGUCUAAACUUUAAACUGUUAUAACUCAUAAACGGUAAAUCUGAAAUUAGUGUUAUGUAUACCAAAAUUUUUAGAAAAAUAUUUUCUAUUCAAAUUUGUGUUCAAAAGAGGGGGGAAUUCCUAUUUGAAAAUCAAAAGUAUGCACUUAUUUAAGGUAUAUGGAGUAGAGUAAAAAAUUAAAAAUGGUUUAAAAAUAAAGCUUAAAUGAUUCCAUAAUAAUUGGAAAAAAGAAAUUAAAUUCAUUUAAAAUUCUCUGAGAUAAUUGCUGGUUCGUGAUAAAAAAAAAAAAUCACCUUGUACUAUAAUAAUAAAAUAUAUAAAAGCUGAUUUGCAUUAGUUAAAAUUAUCUACUACUUAAUCUAACUUAAUAUGUUAAGACUUGGUCCCAGCAAACAACGUACAGGUAAAAUUAUGAGUAUUAACCAUUUAAUAAUUUCGUUUUUACUUUAUUAUUUUAUUAAAAUAAUACUUAUAAUAAUAAUAAUAAUAACAAUAAAAAAACAUAAUCAAAAUCAUACUAAUCUAGAUAUAAAGUGUUGCUAUUGGGUGGCUACUUUCUUUUCAUGUGUCUCCAGCUAUAAUUUAUUAACACAAACAAGCUUAUUGUAAUUACUGAUUUAUAGAUUGUUUAUUUUGAAAUAUACUUAUAAAAAAAAGUGUACAAACAAAAUUAUAUACAUGUGAAGUUUUUUUGAGAAAGAAAUAUUUGUUUACAAGACAACGAAUAUGUUUUAAAUUGUUUCUUUCUUAUAAGUUUUUAAAUUUUAGAGCAUAAUUCAAUUACCUUCUAUACAACACGAAACGAUACAAUUAACAACAAUUAACUUAAGUAUAUUUAAAAUACAGUAAAUACCUAGUGGUAAUUUAGAUUUAAUAACAAGAAAUAAAUAUUGCAGAUUAUAAUCAUUUAAUGAAAUAAUACUGCUUAUUCAGCUAAUUUAAAACUGAUAGGUACCUGUCUUAAAACUGUGUUUUGUUAUUAAAUUUUGUCUAGAUAAAUUUUCAAAAUAUUACGUUUCGUCGUUUAAAACUAAUUAAUAGGUACAUUUUAGAAAUUACAUAGUGAUAGUAGUAACUAGGUAAGUUUUGGCCUAUUAGAUAUUAGUCUAGGGCCAUUGGUGGCGCAAACAAUUUUAACUCGUGGGACAGUAUAAUUUUUUUCAACCAUAUCCUACCUCUGAAAUGGAUUAUUAGUUCGUCCAUACAAAAGUCAUCCAAAAUCUGGUGGCAACUGGAAAAAUGAUAACCAUUCAGUUUAAAAGAUGCCAACCAUCCAUCACCAAAUUUUUGUCUGGGACGGUUAUCCCAAAAAAUCUCUGUUGUGCCGCCACUUUUCUGGGCUCAUAACUACACAUAUUUCUAAAGAUUAUUAUAAGUGCUUAAAUAUACACUAAAAAUGAUAAAAUAUCCAAAAAAUAAUAGCAAUAAUGAAACCGGAAUAUUUAGAACUAUAAAAAUAAAAUACUAAUGCAUGUGAUACAAUUCUAGAAGUUUCUGUAUCAAUAUGAUUACUGAGUUGCAGCGAAUGCUAAUAGAAACAAAUUAAAAAAACAUUUAAAUAUUCAAGGCUGUUUAAAUUAUUUUUGUUAUUAAGAAUAUUUUAAAGUUUGCGGUGUUGAAAUAUCAGUAAACACAAAAAAAAAAAAUAAUAACACCUAAAAUUCGAAAUAUUAUGCAACAUAAACUUUUGUAUACAUAGAUUCCUAAUUUCCUGAAACUAAUUUGUAUCUCAUAUAAGUAUCUUAAAGAUUAAAACAAAAAAUAUGAAAAUUCUUAAAGUUAUGAGCCCGGGUCAUAUUCUAUAAAAUAUAUUAAAAUAUCUAUGGGUAGUGAUUUUAUAAAUCAAAUUAACCUUGUAUAAUGAAAAAAAAAAAAAACAAAUACCUAGGUACCUACCUAUAAGAAACAGCAACAUUCUAUAAGACAUGUGGAGUUCCUGGUUUCUAUAAAUAAUUUAUCAGUUUAAAAUAAAAUGUAUAAUUAAUACAUUAAAUUGCCUAAUCAAAUUAAAUAUGUGUCCAAAUUGGCAAUAAUUAAAACAAUAAACUUGCAUCUAUCCGAAACAGCAUGUAAUACUACCUGCUGCAGUACGAAACAAUAAUGUACGAUUGAUUAUUGUAAUGCCAACAAAACAAUAUAAUAUUAAAGACAAUGAAAUAACUCAAGGGUCUAAGUUAAAAAUUGUCGUUAAACAAAAUAUUAUUUAUUAGUUAUUAUAAGCAAUAAAAUAUUAAUAAUGGUCUCGAAAAACUGUUAGGUAUUUCGAAUUUUGUGUAAAAAUGACACCUAAUUGAUUCUUAUUAAAAAUCAUUGGCAUUUUAGAUUCUAAGCCUAGCGAAGAUUGUAUUAGUUUUAUAAUGUUUUUUUAAUUUUUUUUUAAUUUUGUGAACAAUUUUUCUAUCAGAAAAUGUAUUCUGAUUUUCAAGUGUAGUAACAUUUAUUAAAAGAAAUUUUAUCUAGGUGGUACUUAAAAAAUACCAUUCUUUAAUUUUCCAAGUGGUUUUCAUAAUACUUAGAAAAAAAGGAAAACUAACGAAAUGUAUUAUUUACAAUUUUAUUUUUAGUUGUGAUUCAGUUUAAAAUAUUUGUAAAGACUUGAAAUUUGGAUAAAAACCUAUAUUUGUCUUUUCUAGAUGUGGUAGAAUUUUAAAAAUAUUUCAGUCAUUUUUGAGUUACUAAUUUAUAAAUAUUUUAAUUUUACGAGGUUAUACGUGAUUUUUAUUCGUUAGAUACUCUGUUUAAUAAAAUUGUUAGACUAAACAAACAUGAUUGACAAUUUGUUUGAUAUAAGUCAUACUUUUUAGACAAAAAAAAAAUUGAGUGUAAUGUACAAUUUUUUUUUUUUAUAUUUUAAUAUUAAAUGACAAAAAUCGUAAAUAUUACGGCCUUUCAGAAUAUGUAUAACUAAAUUCGGCUCAGAAUUGUUUUUUCAUUAACAAUGAUUCGUUGCAUACAGAUAUACAUUAAAGUUCCCUCUAUAUCCUAUACACUCCCAACUUUUCACUUAUAACAGUGAUCAACCUAUCAUGCGAAGUAUGCCCGUGUUCUUUUCAUAAUUAUUCCUUAAUACCUUUGUAAUAAUAUUUCUUUAUGAAAAUGUAGAUUUUUUUUUUUUUAUUGUACCAAGCUACAAAUAAAUCACUAAAUGAUUGUAUACAAUAAAUUACUUUUAAUAAUUAUUGUAUUUUACAUUCAAAACGUUUGAGUUCGUCUUGUAAAUCAGACACUAGGUACUUAAUAAUAUAUACAUAUUAUAAUAUAUAAUAUAUUAAAAUUUAUCGUAUAUAUAUUAUCAAGUUAUAUUUUAUAUCAUCAUAUGCAAUGUUUCUCAUGCAAAGUUUUUUUUGUUUAUAAUUUGAAUUCAUGUUCUAUUUUUAGCUUACUAUAUAUCUACGAUAGAAGUAUAUAUUUCUAAAAAUGUCUGUUUAUUUAGAUAUUCGGUGUAUGUGCAAUUAUAACUAUAACGAAUAUAAGAUACUACAUAAACUAUUAUGACUGUGAAUUAAUAUACCAGUCCAAAUGUACUCGAUUGAAAUUGUAUUUAAAAUAUACCUAUGUAUUAUAUUUUUUCUAUAUGAGGAAGAGCCAAAAACAAAUUUGUACAAAGUUACACAAUUUAAGAUUUUAUUUUAACUACCUAAAUAAAUACUAUAUUAUAAUAUGUAUAAUGCAUAUGUUUAUAAAUUAUAUUAUUAAAUAUGCGAACAGAGCAAUGUUAUUUUUUACUUUAAAAUACCAGCUAUAAACCUAUAAGUUUCAUUAGAUCUGUAUUGAUAUAUUAUGUGUGUACCUCAUAGGCAAGGGGCGAUGUUGAGAAAUUAGGAUUAUUUGAGAGGAAAAUAUAUGGGCUUGUGUUCAAAAAUUCCGAAGAAAAAUGAGUAAUCAGACUUAACGUCCCUGUAACCAUACAAAAUGUAUAAUAGAUAGAGAAUAUGAUUCAGUUCAUCAGAGGAACAAGACUAGAAUAAUAGGCUGGUAUUGUUUUCUAGGUUAAUGAAAGUCUCAUGGAAAUUGUAAUAUUGGGUACGAAAGUGAUAGGAAAAGGUCGGGGUGGGGGGGAGUUGAGAGGAAUAUGGAAGGACAGCGUUGAGUUGUUAGAAGAAGUGGAAAGUGAAUCAACAUAAUGAUGUAGUUGAAUGGAUACAAAAUCUGGACAUAGAUUUAUAGUUCCAUAUAAUUCAUCACUAGGCUGUAUAGUAUCUAUGUAUAGAUUCUGCUAGUUCUUAAUUGUCUUAUUAUUAUUUACUUAUUUUUUUUUUUCUAAUAGUUAUUCUAUUUUGUACUAUUUAGUAUUUAUUAAUAUUUAUGUCAUGUUGAAUUUUAAAUUCAGAGUGUAGCGAAGAAUAUAUUAGAUAUUAGUUUUACAAUGAUUAUUUUUUAUUUUUAUAUUGUGACAAAAAUGUCUAAAAGAAAUUUUGUUUUGAUAUAUAAGUGUAACACCUUUUCUUAAAGGUCUGCCCAUCAUAUCCAUCAUGUCCGUCCCUUUAUUUUUUUUUGUAUUUAUUUUAUUCUAAAAUUUAUUUUGUUUGUAAUUUGUGUAUAUUAUGUUUUUCUAAUUAAAAAUUCAUACGAAAUAUAUAUAAAUACAUAUAUAGGGUGAUUCAUUAAGCAUGCUAACCAAAUUUUUGUAGUAAAUUAUGCAUAGAUUCAAAUUCUGAUUUUUGAAAUAAUAUAUUUUUAUACUUGGAUUUUUCACAACAUUUAAGGAUUAUCCUGUUGGCAAUACCAACUUUGAUUUUUCAAAUGAGAACCUAAAUUCAAAAUUUCAUAAAUAGAUAGAGUAGUAGAUAAAACAAAUUUUGGUGUUGACAUUUUUGAUUUCCGUCAACUCAUCCAUGAGAUAUUCCAUUUUUAAGUUUAGGCAAGUGGAGAGUAGUGUUGCUGCAUUAUUCAAAUACCAGACACUGUGCUGGUAAGUAUGAAAAUAUCGCCUUGAACGACACCUAAAAAUUUCUAAAAUCGUAAUUUGAUAAUAUAUAUAAUUUACUUUUAAAAAUGGGUUGUGCAUAAUUAAUGAAUCGCUUUGUAUAUUAGCUGUCCUGCAUGAUUUUACGCGUAUUAGUAUUGACCAAAACAAAAAAAAAGGGGGUUCUCUGUGACUCCUUGUUUUCAUUCCUAUCAUUGCAGAUAACCGUUGUUGCCCAUACAUUUUUUAAAAAUUUUCUUAAAUUUUCUUUACAUCCUUUAGAGGUUCAUUUUUUAAUUAAUCCUUUCCUAUACCUAUCACAAUUAAAUUGUUGCUCGAUAAUUGUUUUUUUUAUGAGUCCUGUUUUGCUCGUGACAUCCAAAUUAAAUAAUAAUAAUUGUUUUUUUUCUUACCCAUGUCAAUCCGUAAUUCAACAAAAAUAAUUAGGUUUUCGCUCCAAUAUUACCAAAAACCCCGUAUAAGGGGCCCUUUUUUUAGGGUUAAGUUAAUACGUGCACAACAAAUGGAAUAAUAUCAUUUACAACAUUUUGACAUGAACUUAUUCUUUGACAAAUAAUAAAUAAAAUAGGUAUAUAAUUUACUUACAUUACAUAACGAAUCGCACAUUAGUGUGAAAACUACGUAAUUUUACUAUUUUAGCCUUGCAAUGUGUGUUAAACAAUAGUUAAUAUUUAUACAAAUAUAAUAUUACGUUAUUCACAAAAGGUGUGAGUCUCGUAUAGGCCUGCAUUGUAUCAUAAAUUGUAUUUUAUUUACUUAUGGGCUAUAGCCAACAAAUGUAAUAAAAAUAACCACAUUUAACACGUUUAAUGUAUUAUAUUUAUACAUUUUAUAGUAUAAAUCAUUUAUUUAUAAUUUAAUUCAUACCUUUCACGUCAAUAGAAUUUUAGAUUCUGAGUGAAGCAAAGAAGCUUAUGGUUUUACAAAGAUGUUUUUUUGUGCGCAAUUUUUCUACCAGAAUAAUUGCUCAGAUUUUUAAGUGUAGCAUUUUUUCUGAAAGGAAAUCAGUGUAGGGAGGUACUUCAGAGAGGUCAUUUUUUGAUUUUCUCAGUUUUCCCAGAAAAUGUGAAAAACCGGGAUGAAAUAUGGGAAAAUCAGUAUAACAUUAAACAAAUAAUAUUAAAGAAAAUAUAUGAAGCCUAUUUAAUUAUUUUACUAUAAUAGUCAUGUAUGUACUCGUAUAUUAUUACAAAGCAUCACUAUCAACUGAACUCCGCGCAGAAUCGUUUUUCGUAAACAUUGGUUUAUUAUUGCUUACACGUGUAUAUUAAAUUAUCUAUAACAGUAGCUGCACCUAUCCUCAUUUUUUUUAAAAAUUUUAUCAGUAAAAUUAAUCAGAAUAAUUACCUUUUUAAAAAAAUCUGUGGCUAAUAAUACAAAAAAUAAAUUUAAUUCCGAGAAUAAUAAUAGUGUUUUUAAUACUCGUAUCUAUAAUGAUUUCAGGUAUAAUUAAUUUUAGUUGUUAAUUACUAUUUAUUAUAUUACAUUAUUUCAACAUUACUUUAAUAUACCCAUAUGUGUUUAUAAAACCAAUCGUUACAAUAAAUAUUGUUACCUAAUCAAAUUAAUAUGUUAUGAAAACGACAAAUACACGUAAUAAUAUUCACGGUCUGCAUGUGUAGGAAACAUUAUAAUACUGUAAUAUAUACAUCGAAAUAUAAAUGAAAAAAAUAAUUGAAUUAAUAUCAAUUGUAUGCAACAAUUAAUUAUAAUAUAUGUAUUACGUAGACAAAAAACAAAAACAUUGUAUAUUCUAUCUUAUAUAUAAAAUUUUCGUGUCACGUGUUUGUAGUCGCACUCCUCCGAAACGGCAUGACCGAUUUUAAUGAAACUUUUUUUAUGAGAAUAGGUCGUAAAGAAUUUUUCACCGUCCUAAUGGUUAGGACCUAAAUUUUAAAAAAUGGCGGGUUGGGUUAGGUCCUAACCCAAUCCACCAUUUUUUAAUCGUAAUUUUAUUAUUUUAAUUCGGGUUUUAGGUAUUAUUAAAUUAUUAAUUUUUAUGGAUUACCUUAGUUACACGGAUGAAAUGAAAAGAAAUAUAAAAGUUUGAUGAAAACAUAAUCAAUCUGUCAUAAUUAAUAUAAAUACAAAUAAUUUAUUUUAUUUUAUCGAUUUUUGAAAAUAUUUAAAACACAUUUUCUUCAGUAUAUUUUAUGAUUAUCUUUACAAAUCAUUUGUUCCUCGACAAAUUUGACUACAAUCAAAUUUCUUUCAGUUAUACAUGUUUUAAAAGGAUGUAAUAUUUACGAUUUUCGUUAGAAUUUGAUUUUAAAACGAUUAUAAAAAAAAAAAAAAAAAACAUACUACAUAACACUCAAUUUUAAUUUGUUAGCUAUAUGACUUAUAAUGAACCUCCUGUCAAAUUUUCUAACAUUUCUGUCGAGUUUGACAAUUUUAUCUAUUGUAUAUAUCGUAAAAAACUCGCAAAAUUAAAAUGUCUAUAAAUAGGUAACUCAAAAAUGGCUCAAAUGUUUUGAACAUUUUACUACGUCUAGGAAAGGCAAAUUUAAGUUAUCUGUUUAAAUUAGUUAGCCAAAUAAGACAAGUUAAUCAAAACCGAAAAAAAAAUAAAAUUUAUGAAAUAAUGCUUAUUUUAAAUUUUGUUUUUUGUAAUUUAGUUAUAAAUGUUCGUAGAGACUUAACAUUUUAACAGAAUACCUUUUUAAAAGUAGUAAAAUUUUAAAACAUUUAGCCAGUUUUGAACUAUUUAUAGACAUUUUAAUUUUUAGAGUUUCUCAAGUAAUUUGUUUGGUAUCUGGAGAUAAAAUUGUUAGAAUAAAUAAAAAUGCUUGAAAAUUUGACAGGAAGUCCAUCAUAAGUCGUACUUAGUGGAAAAAAUUAAAAUUGAGUGUAAUAUGUAGUAUCUCUUUUUUUUUAUAAGUUAAAAAAAAAUUUGACGAAAAUUAUAAAUAUUACGGCUUUUCAAAACAUGUAUAACCGAACUUCGCUUAGAAUCGUUUUUCGUUAACAAUAUGGUUUAUCGUUGCUACAGGUAUAAUUUAAAGAACUAUACAAAUCCUACCUUCCCAAUUUUUUGAAUUUAUUAUUGUGUCCUUAGAAAAUGAACUCAAUUAUUUUUUGCUUCAAAGAUAUUGUAGUAUUUCUUUUUAUAAGUAUUAAAUCGUUAACUAUUGCUUAAUAAGAUUUAAAGAAAAUAAAGAAAUUUGUUGAGCAAUAAUAUUAAUUAGGAAAUUUUUCAAUGUCAUUGUAUUUAAAAAUACAUUUUUAUGCGAUCUUUAGUAUGUAUGUAGAAAAAUAUAAUUUUUAAACUAAAACUAGUAUAGGUACUUAAUAUUGCUAAUAGAAAUAAAUGAACAUUUAGAUACUCAAGGCUAUUUAAAUUAUUUUUGUUGUUAAUUAUAUUUUAAAGUCUGCGGUAUUAAAAUAGCUCUAAGCAGACAAAAAAAGUAAAAUAGCACCUAAAAUUAAAUAUUUAUAUUCUAUAAAACAUAUUAAAAUAUUUGGGGGUAGUGAUUCUAUUAAUCAAAUUUAUGAAUUUUGAACAUAAAUAUGGUAGGAGUAGUGAUUGGAAAUCUUAAAAAGGGGAUUAAAAAUUGCACAUUUUUUUUUACCUGUAAACUGACAAUUCUUUGUGUACAACGAAAAACGUGAAAACGCUAAAUGACUACUAAAUAAAUGACUACUCGUUUUCAUACAACUAUUAAAAUUCAUUCUCGAUUCAGACUAAUAUUAGAUAAUUAUAUAAUUUGCCCAAAUAAUUUCAAUAAGAUUGAAAAUAACUGAAUGGAGUACCUACAAUAAAGUUACAAUAUUUGCCGGUUAUAUGGUAUAAGUAUUACUAUUAUGUGUCUAUGGUUCAGUUGAACGUCUGAUGUUAACGAGUUAACGUUAUGUGUAGUUAACGAGUGAUGAUAGGUAUAUUGCAAUCGAUAGCGAGUUUCGUGUUUUAAAAUCAGGCGAUAUAUUGUUUAAAUUUACUAAUCAAAAAUGUACAUCAAAAGUUACAGUGAACAAAACAUAAGCUCAUUAAUACUUAAACAUACACAACUACAAGCAUACUCAUUCCUUAAAGACAGGAAGCCGUAGGUAAAAUUUCAUGAAGUAACUUCCAAUAUCCUUCCAGUUAUUGUGGGUGUCCCCCAAGGAGGACACCUUUCUUCGCUUAUCUUCUUUUUGUUUAUAAAUAUUUGCGUUUGUUGACUGCAAUAGUAGUUAGUAUAAACAUUUUAAUUUUAGGAUGUCGAUAUGACGUAGUAUGUUGAUUAGGUAUACCUAGGUAAUGUAAUAUAUUAUUAUUACUUACGUCUUUUUUUAAUUGUUGAUUUAAUAUAUUUGUAACCUUCGUAUUUUUAUAAUAAAUCUGUUUUAGAAUAGGUAAUAGGAAUGUUGUUUUCUUUUCAUUUUGUAGAUAUCAACGUUUUAAAAUAAUAUUCUCAUCAAUAACAACAAAAUUUUCUCCAAAGUGCGAUAAAGCAAAUAUUAUGACCUUACUGUUGUUGUCAUAGUCAUGGGGAUACAUCAUAUCUAUGCGCGUCAUAGUAUUAUUAUCUACAUAAUUAACUUUUUUAGACAAAUAUUUUGCUUCGAAAAUGGGUUGAAAAGGCAGGGUUAUCAUUCGAAAAUGAAAAGGUAAUAUUCAUUUUAGCUGCCUGGAUUUAGAGGAAUAUUUUGAAAUAAUUGAAAAAAAAAUCAUUUAGUAAAAUAUUUUAUAUAAAAGACAUAAAAAAAAAUCAAUUUUACUCAUGAACUUUGUUAUAAUUACUAGAUCAUGACCGGAAAAAAAACUCUCUAUAUAAUCGUAAUAUUACGAUAAAAAUUGUAACAUUAUAAUGAAUAGCUUUAGUUGAGGUGUGUCGUAAGGUUAGGUCGUAAGUCAUCGUAAGUGUCGUAAGUCAUUGACAUAGUAUUGUUAAGCCGAUCAAAUGACACAUUAUGUAUAUAGUUUCAGCCACGUUUUUAUUUUUAAAUUUAUAUUCAAAUAUAUAUUUUGAUAAACGUGAAUGUAUUAAUAUUAAAAUUGUAUUUAGUUAAAAAAAAAAAAACUGACAAAUUUCACAUCACCAUUUUACUUGGAGAAACGAUGCAUUUUUUGACAGAUUUAAGUUACCAAAAUAUACAGUUCAAUNAUGGACAUCUUGUCAAAUUUUCAAGUAUCUCUGUUUAGUCUAACAAUUUUAUCCAUCAAGUACAUCUAUAAAAUAAAUAUGUUUUUUCUUGUUAAUUAUGUUUCAAGUUUUAUUUUAACUGUGUUUAAGGUAAAGCGUCUAAUAAUUUAAUUGCUAAAAAGACAUAAUAUGACAAAAAGACUAAUUUAAAAGACAUAAUAUGUACAUACAAUAGGUAUUUUAAAUGAUUAACAAUAAUUAACAAUAACGAUAAUAUUGAGAACUUUUCUGAUUAUGAAGAUAAAGAAUUUGAUAACUUGGCCAUAUUAAUCACAUUUCCUAGGCAUCAGUGUUUAGACUUCGUUGGUACUAACCAUUUUACUUGGAGAAACGAUGCAUUUUUUGACAGAUUUAAGUUACCAAAAUAUACAGUUCAAUUUUUAGUUAUCGUAUCUGUUCUCGUACUGAUUAGUAAAGUUAGGCUAACCUAACCUACCUUGUAUUUACGGUAUCUGUUUUCAUACAUUUUAUAAUAGACUUAUAUUUUUUAACUUGAGAAACUAAAAAUUCUGACUCCGGGGUUAUGAUAUUGACAGAACGUUGAUGUUUUUAUUCAUUAUUAAAAUUUUUAGAUACAUUAUAUAAGAUUUAAUUAGUUAAUUAAAAUUAAAUAUAAUAUAAUAAGACUAGAAAGAAUAAUAGAAAGACAUUUUUAAUUAUUAUUAUUUGGAUAGAAUUGAUGAUAAGACAGAGUACCAUUUGAAUAAGUACUAACUGUAAUAAAAAAUAAUGAAAAUAUUUUAUAAAAACAAUCACAACAUGAUUUAAUCAUUUAUUUACUAAUCAUAACCGAAUCUCCAAUAAUAUAACACUCAGUGGACUAAACAGUCAAUGAUUAAAUUUUGAUUCUUGAUUUACUAAUCACUCUUUAACCACGGAACUGUACAACUGGCCCUAAGGUGGGUAGUAUAUCUACUAAAAUGAUUUUAAUAAGUUCGAUACACAUCGAAAAUUAAAGAUAUAACCGCCAAUGUGCGUCAUUAUUCAAUUCGUUUUCGAUAAUGGGUAAGAGAAAAAUAGAUAUCUACCUAACCUACAAUCAAUUGAUUUCAAAAUAAUAUAAAUCUAUAAUUAUUGAUAACAAAUAUUUUACACGCCUAUGUAUAUAAUAACAUUGAGCGGAAUUAAAGAGAUAUUAAAUGUUGUUUUAUGACUGAACCUACAUAUACUGAGUGAUCAAUAUAACGUAAGACACUCAUAAUAUCAGAAAAUAUUAACUUUUCGGAAUUUGUGUUUUAAAAUGUUUAAGAAACAACCUAAAACUUAAUAUAUGUUAUACUACCGUUAAUUAUUGCCACUCUAUAUUUGGAAAUGAAAUUCCUUUCCUGCUAUUAAUGAUUUUCAAACAUAUACUUAUAUUAAAAAUGUCAUAUACAGUUGAAGUUUUAGUUAAAAUAAAAAUUGGUGUUGACAUUUUUAAUUUUCGUCAAUUUGUUGACGAGAUAUUUUACUUUUAACUUCAUAAAUAAACAUUAGUUUUGAGGCUAGGGGGAGAGCAGUAGUAGAGUAUUAUUCAAACAAAGUGCGCCUCACUGUCACAUAAAUGGUGCUCUACUACUUAAAAAAAGUUGAUACUUUUCAAAAUAUUGUGUUUCUUACGUCAAUUAUCCUGUAUACUAUUACUAUCUUUCGAUAGAGGAAAUUUUAUAUAAAGUAUCAGCUAUAAUAUAACAAUAAGCGUACGGCCGUUAUAAAUCGCACGUACAAUUGCGAUUUGAACAACACGUAAUAUAAUAUAAUGUAUAACACGUUCGGUUGUCCGUGUCUCGACUGUAUAUAAAGUUUACGUUAUCGAUACACAUUUCAUACCUGUGUAGUCAUUGCGGUUAAUUAUUUUUUUAAGUGAAAGUAUACACAAUAUACGAAUAGUAACCACUUGUAUACGUGUAAAUAUAUAAUUCGUCUACGUAUGGGUACUAUAAUAGGUUUUUGUGUUAGAUAUAUGUAUUAUAUAUAUAGUAUAGCCAUAAUAAAUGAAAACCAAAAUACUUAACGCAAGGCUCGACGCUACGAUAGGAAAUUAUUGUAUUAUUGUGUACAGGUGUUUUAUUAUACCUACGCUGCAGUUAUCCGUCUGUUUACGGUUGAAUUGUGCAAUUCCAUACAGUCAUGCAUGCUUAAAUUUUAGAUUCUGAUCAGAGUGAGGAAUGUAUUGAUUAAUGAUUAUACUAUGAUGUGUGCUUUUAGAUUAUGAGUAAAGCAAGAAAUGUAUUAGAUUUACUAUGCGUGUGAUAUUUUUUUCGUGUUUGUUUGUGUUUGAACAAAUUUUUACCAGAAACCUUGCUCUGAUCGAAAAAUGACAAGAGAGCUUUUUUGUAGAAUUUUUAAUCUUUUAAUUCGUUGAAUUUUUUGAUUUUUCUUAUAAUUUUCAUUAUACUCGUGAAAUCCAGGAUAAAAUGUAUAGAAAAAACGGAUAAAUUUACACUAAUAAAAUUUAUGUUUUUAAUUUUUUUGUUAUACUAAAAAUUUUGCUUCAAAUUUCAAAAGUAGCAUCUUUUUUAAAAGAAAAUUUUAUCUUGUCGAUGCAACGGAAAGUUAUUUUUUUUAUUUUUCUUGUAAAUUUUUUGACGACUGGGGAAAAUCUGAAAAAAAAACCCAUAUUAGAAAAAUACACAAUUUGACGACAGUAAAAGUUUUAUUAUUUUCAAUUUUUCUUAUAAAUCAGAAAUGUUAAAGGAAUUUCUAGAGUAUAAUAUUUUCUUCAUAGUUUGAUAGAAUUCAAAAUAAUUAAACGAAUAUGAAAUAUUUUCCAUUUUCAUUCAUUGACAUGGUAAUCAUUUUAUAGCCCAAUAAUCAUACCAUAUUUUAUCGUCUUGCACUAAAUUAUAUGAUUUUUUUUAUAUUACAGUUGAAUAUAAAUCUAAAGAGAGUUUUCUCCCUGUCCCCCUUUGGGAACCCAUGAAAUACAAUUAUAUUUAUUUGUAUAAUGCCUUUAGAAAAUUUAAUAAUUAAAAAAAGAAAAAACUGGUACUGGGAAUGAAUGUGUCACUGUUUUAAGUGGGAAGUUAAGAAGGUAGGAUUCAUAAAGUUAUUUAAUUUAUAUCUAAAAGUAACCAUUGUUAACGAAAAACAUCUAAAUUUUAUGAUGAAAUUUAUAUAUAAACAAAAACUAGAUAACUAUAUUACACUCUAUUUUUAAUUUUAAUUUUUGUAGAUACUAAGUAAUGAAAAAUCUAAUGAAUUUCUUGUUACAUUUUCAAGCAUUUCUGUUUAGUCUUAACAAUUUUAUCUACAGAGUACCUACCAAAUAAAAAUGUUCACUGAAUACAUUUUUGACGUAUUAUUAUUCUGGCCAUUUUAGAUUCUGAGAAUGUAUUGGUUUUUAUUAUGAUGUUAAUUUUAAAAUUUGUUUUUUUUUAUAAAUAUUUCUACUGUAUACAAAUUCUACUAGGAAUUUUGCUCCGAUAUGUACAUGCUGCACCAUUUCUGAAAGGAAAUAUUGUCUAGAUGGUAUCUUGAGGUGUUCAUUUUUUUAUUUACCAAGUGGUUUUCAAAAUAUCUGGGAAAAACCCGCAUAAAACCUAAGAAAACCGGGAAAUUUACGAAAAUAAUGCAUUUUAUAGACAUGGUAACAUUUUCAAAAUAUUUGAGCUUUUUAUAGACAUUUUAAUUUUGUAAAAUGUGUACGUAAUUUUUAUUCGGUAGGUAAAACUUUUAAACUACACAAAAUAGCUUGGAAAUUAAACAAGAGGUUCAUGAAAAGUCGUACUUUGUGAUCAAAAAAAAAAAUUGAGCUUAAUGUAUUAUUUUUUUUUUUUAUAAAGGAAUUUUAAUAUUAAAUUUUGACGAUCAUCGUUUGAGUAAAAAAUUAUGUGGAACAAAUUAAAUUUUUUAAUUUUUUGUUUUGUACAUUGCUGAUUUAAGAUCGAUGAUGAACUCAUAAUUGAUCGGACUGACUUAGUUUAGGAAUUAUAACUUCUUAAAGCUCUGAUAUUAUAUGUUAUGUUAAGUAACUCUAUAUUGUAAAAUUUAUAUUAUGUGUGUCCUAGUCAAGUAGUGUUACCUACCUUUUGUCAUCUUAGAGAUCGUGAGUUCUAAAAUUCGUGUCUUAAAAAAAUUAAUUUGCAUUUGUUUUUUUCAUUUUUACCUAAACAGGGAAAAAACAAAGGUAUUUCGGGUGUACCUAGUCAUCUAAGCUAUCGUUUGUUUGUUCUAUUUUAAUCGAAAAAUACCUCUAGAUUUGUUGUGCAAACUUUUCUACCAGAAAUCUUGAUUCGAUGUAUCAAGUAUUCAAGUGUAGCAUAUUUUCUGAAAGGAAAUUUUAUCUAUAUGAUACCUUAGGAGGUCAUUUUUUGAUUUUUCUAGCAGUUUUCAUAAUAUCUGAGGAAAAAAUAGGAAAAACCGGAAAAUAAAUACACUAUUAAAUAAAUAUUAUUAAAGAAAAUAUAUAAUGCAUGUUAUGUAAUUUUUUUUCUGUGACGUGUAUAUUGUUAACAAAGCAACUCUAUCAACCGAACUCCACCCUAAAUCGUUUUUUCGUUAGCAACGAUUAAUCGUUGCUGAUGUACAUUGAAUUUCUCCUCUACUACCUUGAAAACUUCAUACUUAUAACAGUGACUGCAUCUGUCCUCUUUAUCCUAAGACAGCUUUUUGAGUUAUGUAUUGUAAUUUGUAAUUUGACAUUUUUGUGUUUUUUUUUUGUUUUAUUUGUUUUUAUAUAGAUAACUAUUUUUUUAGGGUUUAUAAAGUUAUGAAAAUGUGAAGGGUUUAUAAAUUUCACAUUUUGAUGAAAAUCCUAAAGAUCACAUAUGUUUCGUUUACUAUUUUCUGAAUAAUUUAUAUAUAAUAUUGUUGGCUAUGUACUAAUAAUACUCAAAAAUUUGAAAUCAAAAAACACAAACAAUUAUGAGAUAUUUUGUAUAGUUAGGUAUAAACUAAUACAGUUUUCAGUUAAUUAAUGAUAUAAAAACAUUAACCGUUCAGAAUUGUUUUGUGUAUGUAUGAUUUAUUAUUCCUGCGUACAAUUAUACGUUAACCUUACCCUUUAUAUUCAAUAUUCUUAACUGCCCACUUACAACAGUAUCCUGUACGAAGAACGUAGUAACGUCUGUAGACAUCAGCAAUUUCUGUCGCUUUCCGCCCCCCCCCCUUCCUCAUUGAGAAAUUCUUGCUACUUAAUUAUUUAUUUAUUUAUUAUGUUUGAUUAAUUCAAGAAUUAUUCAAUCUUGUGGGUCACUGCACUUAAGAUUAUCUAGAAAACUAUUCGAUUUUUUUGUUCUUUUAUGUAGUAGUAUAGUAGUUUCUAUAUACGUGUGUAUCGUGAAUUAACUUUCAUAUCGUUGAAUGAACUUUGGUCAAGUGCUUGAAUACAGUCAUUUUUGUAUGGAAGAUUUUUAGUGAUUUUAUAAUACUGGAGUUCUAUAUAACUUCAUAUAUACCUAUUUAUAUAACUUUUUACUGUAUAUAUUUUAUUAGACUAAGGUAUUUUAUAAACAUUUGUAAAGUUUUUAAGGUUUAAUCAAAAACUAUACUCAGUUCCAUUAAAAUAUUACUGUAUAUUGUUAUAUAUUGUGUUUUUGACGUAUACUUCGCACUACGUGUACGCCACUGUUGUUGGUUGGAAGUUAGGGAAAGAUGGAAGAUUGAACUAAAACUUGUAAAAAAGAAGUUUAUAGAUGUAAUCACAAUAUAUUUAUGGCAUAUUUCACUCCUCAUGUAGGCCACUAUUGUAAAUAGGAAGCUGGGAAAAGUAUAAAUUAUAACUUACUCCCCGAUAAUUUAUCUCUGAAAAAUAAAUAAUUUGUCUAUUAAGCAUUGUUGGAAAAAUUUCUUUCAAAAAGACACUUGUUCUCGUUCCUCAUUUCUUAUAAAAGAAACUUGUAAGCGUUCAUUUUUUUUUUUAUUAUUUAUUCAUUUUUUUAUAAUUUUAAACAAUUGUCAUCGGGACACCGCUUAUGUCACGGUUAUAGAAGUACCUAAAACAUUGUUGUUUAUAUUAAAAUAAAGUUCUUAAAAUUAUCAUAUAAUUAUGUACCUUGUAUGUUAAAUAAAUGAAAAAGUUGGGUUUUCAGUAUUGCAAUAAUAUAUUGUGGUAUUUUAUUAAUAAUUCACGAAGUGAUAACAACACUAAAUGAUUUUUAGGCAAAUUAUCAUUAAAAUAACGUGCGUUUCAUUUUUUUUUAUUUUUAUUUAAUUAUUAUUUUUUUUUUUUCCAUAAUUGAAGAAACGAAAAUUUUUGUUCACGUUCCUCAUAAAUAGUAACUCUUUCCCAUUUCUCGUUCUUGUGAAAGGAACGCGUUCCUUUCCAAUACUGAUACAAAAUAAGUAAUAAUAUUGCAUUUAUGAAAUAUUAUUAUUUUUAACAUUUAUGUUUUAUUUUUUAAUAAAAAUAUAUAUUGGAAAUAAUUAAACGAUUAAAAUUAUUGUGCGCUUUGAUAAAAUUAAUUUAGAAAAUUAACGACUGUAACAUAUUAUGUUUAAAUUAUAAACAUUUUAUUAUAAUUCCAAACUAUAUUAAACACUUUUCGACUUUCACAUUUGUAACAAAAUCUUAACUUAAGUAUCAUAUUUUCAAAUGAUUUAUACUAUUUCGUUUACUUUUUUGUGGAUCGUUAUUAAUGAUCGAGAUACGUGUAUAGGUAAUAAUAAUUAGUGUCUGAUUCGUUAGUAAUAUAUAUUCCUUUUGAAAUGCUUUCACUUCUUCUUGACUAAUUUUAAAAUGUGAAUAAUUAAAAAAUAUUGACGUAUGAAAGAAUUAAUAAUAUUAUUAAAAAAUUGGUACCAUUUCGGUGCUAUUAUUACAUAUUUGCUUGCCUAAUCUCAUAAGAGCAUAACAUAAUGGCAAUGCGUAUAUUUAAUUGGUAGGUACGCCAAAAUAUAUUUUCUCAGGAAAUCGAAAUUUGUAUAAGACAAUCAUCCUCCUCCGUUGAUUCCGGAAUAUUCCUCAGAACAGGCCCGUAGCCACAGGGGGAGGGUAGGCAAGGUGAGGGACAUUUCCCCCUGGAUCUAAUCGUUGCUUCUCUAACAAGUAUUAAAUGUGUAGGUGUAUGUAGUUAAUAUUAUGUUUUUCUAAUGUCCUCCCUAAAAUUUGGUUUUCCCCACCUGAUAAUUUGCAGGUUUGGCUACGGGCCUGUCUCAGAAUAAUAUGUGAUUAGAAUAUUAUAAUGGGACGUAACUUGGAAUUUUUUAGUAAUUUAUUAUCGUGAAUAAAAAAUGAUGCGGCGUUUACCUUAAUAUGCGAUUGCAACUAUUAACAAACCAGGAGUGGGCAAAACGGUUACACAAUUAUGUAUUUAAAACAUAAAAUGUCAAAUAAGAUUUAAAAUAGUUAUUUUUACUUAUUUAAAAUAACGUACGAAUGAUAAAUGAUUUAUUUUUUUUAAUGAGAUUGUGUAAAAAUAGUUAAAUAGGCUUCCGUGUAUAAUGAUUUAUAAAUCCAGUAGUUUUUAACCUUUUUAGGUCUACGGCUCUUCUGAUUCGAAAACCAAAUUAGUGGCUCUCUUAUGAAUAAUAAUAAUAUAAUAAUACAAAAAAAAAUAAACAUUUUAUAAAAUCUGUAAUUUAACUAAAAUUGUUAUUUAAGCAAUAGUUUAGAUUUUGAGUGCAGUGAGAAAUGUAUUGAUUUUAUUGUGACGUGUGCUUUUAUUUUUCAAUUAUUAUUAUUUAUUUUUUAUUUUUGUGCAACAACUUUUCAACUAGAAAAAUAUAUCUGUAUCUGACAAUCGUCAAUAAUCUCAAUAUUUAAUAAUAGAAAACAUCGAUUGAUAUAUUUUUAAAUAUUUAACUCUAUAUUUUCUGUUAAAAAAAACAACGAUCAAUUUAAAAUGGAAUAUAUGAAAUAUAUAUUGACAAUAUAUAAAUUAUAAAAACCAUAUGUAUUUAAAUUGCAUACAUAUAUUAUUUUUGCUUGCCCAAGCCAGAUAGAGAAAAGCAUUUUGUUUCGUAUCUAUUGGCAUUUUUCAUUGUGUUUGAAUAAAUGACUUAGUAACAUAAUUGAAUAAAUAAUCGAUCUAGGUAUUUAAAUUUUUAAACAGACUUUCGUAUAUGCAUACAUUUAUAAACUUUGUAGUUUGAUUAAAUUUGUAUUUAAGCAGCAGUUUAGAUUUUUAGUGCGGAGAGAAAUAUGCCUAUUGGUACAUUACAUUAUGUAUGAUGUGUGCUUUUUUUUAAAUAUUAUCAUUAUUUAUUUUUCAUUUUUCUGUAAGAACUUUUCUACCAAAAUCUUGCCCUAAGAAAAAAAGAAAAUUUUUUUUUGUACUAUUGUAGAUCUGGUUGAAACAUAAAGGUUUUUUUUUAUUCGGAAAACUCCUAAGAAAAUCAAUAAAUGACCUCCCUAAAGUACAACACCAGUCAGAUUUCCAUUCAGAAAAAAUGCUGCACUUGUAAAUCGGAACAAGAUUUCUGGUAGAAAAGUUAUGAUAAAUAAUAAAUAUAAACAUUACUAUAAAACCUCGGUCCACUCAGAAUCUAAAAACUUUUUGAAUAUCAUAUCUGUUUAGUACAAUAUUUGGGAAUAGCAUUUUAUAGUUUAUUGACCUAAUUAAUAUUUUAUUGUUCAGAAGUUAAUUGAAUUCAAGUUUUUGUCUUAAACGUAUAAUCGUGGUGACUAAAAAUUCGAUUAAUUGACAAUAAACACGAUCGGAUAAACGGAUAUUUUUUAAUUUAUUGGCGUUUGUAUAUACUAUAGUAAUAUGUACGAAUUAUACUCGUUUUAGCGAUUCACACGUCUGACUCAUCAUUUUAAUACGAUGAACAGCAUAUAUUGUAUGUAUGUAUGAAUGUGUGUGUGUAAGUAUGCAAUUUGCAAAUGGACAUGUUAUUUGCGAUUACACAUUUGUGUACUUAACCGUUAUUCGUAUAAAAUAUGUAUACCUGUUAUAGUACACGAGUAUUCAUUUGUGCCAUAUAUUCGAACUGCAGAACAACGAGCGCAUUCGUAUCUAGUAAAUAUACAUGCAUAGUAUUAGCGUUAUUAUAUUAAUUGAUACAAUAACGCUUUUAAAAAGAAAAAAAAAUAAGCACCUCCCCUAUUAUUUUAGUUUUAUACGCGGGAAUUUGAAAGGAAAGACGUGUAGAGUAAUUUGAUUUUUAACUGUACAUAACAGUCAACUUUUGCUAAUGAAAAACAAAGCGAGCAGAGUAUUUUAUUAGUCGUAUUAGCAUUAACAAGGUAAAUCACUAGUUCUCUUCGUUUAUUCAGAAAAUUCAAAAGGAUAAUCAAAAACGCUCGCAAAUUGAACGAAUUUAACUAUAGCUUUGCAUGUAUGUAGUUCUAGAAUUCAACGGUUCCGAAUGUUUUAUUAGGAUGAGUUGGAUGACCCAAAAUUUUAAAAUUGAAUUAUUCAUGACCUCAAAAAAAAAGACGGACAUACUUCGCACAACGGGUGACCACUGUUGUAGGUGAGAAGUCGGGAAAGUAGAAUAUCGAGAAGAAUUUAAUUUAUCUGUUCGCAACGAUUAACCAUUACUCACGAAAAAACAAUUCUGAGCGAAGUUCGGUUUAUAGUGUUUCUUUUGCCAAAAAAAAAAAUAUAUAUAUAUCAUAUUAUGGUAAAAUUAUACAUGCAUUAAACAUUAUCUUUAAUAAUAUUUGUUUAAUACUGUACCUAUUUUCCCGUUUUUUCUAGGUAUAUUUUUUCUCGGUUUUCCCAUUUAUUGGGAAAAUAAAAAAAUGACCUCCAUAAUGUACCACUCUGGUUAGAUUUACUGUAAUAAAUUCUCCUCACUCAAAAUCUAAAAUAAUCGUAUUAAUUGAAAUUAUAAUGUUUAUUUGGUAACUUAUUUGUUUUAACUACAGACUUGUUACAAAAUUAUAAAAAUUAGUUUACCUACUAUCAAAAGUAAAUAUUUUAAUGGAUUCCUUGAUGCUAAACACUUUUUACAAGUUCUUUAAUAUUGGGUUGAAUAUUAUGUGUAAGUGACACAUCUCGUGUUAAGGAUCAAGGUGAUUUCUGUAAUCUGAUUUAAUGACGGCUUAAACAGAAAUCCCAGCAUUCACCAUUCACUUAGGUAAUUUUUUGGGAAUGGUGAAGUAUUUUCAGUUUCUUUUGACAAAAUAGGUUUGUCUUGUGCCCAAAAUUGAGUUGAACAUUUUGAGAAAUAUUUUUUUUUUAAACUUGAUUGAGCUUAUAAAUGGAGUUCAGAAGUUCUUGAAAACUACAAAUAUCCUCACCAACUUUGUAAGUAGAAACUUCAAACGGAUUCACCCUACUGAAUUUAUCCUACUACGAAUACCUACUACGUUUUGUGGUUCAAAAUGUAAUUUUCCCAAAUAUUCUUGAAUAAGGAAUUUUGAGUUAUUAAAUAUAAAUUUUGUUAAAUCUUUAAGAAAUUUACUUAAACGAAAUAAAAUUAAAUAAUACGGGAAACAUGCUUCCGGAACCUAUCAUAGAAACCUCCACGGUCCUUGUGACCCAGGAUUGGGAACCACUGUUCUAGACCAUGAAUAACAUAAAGGCUACUUUUUUCUUCUAUAUUCAAGCCCUAAAGGGUAAGUGAAACAGGAUAUUGGUGUUUUUAGUACAAAAAUCUAAUUCAUUUUGCUGGUUUAUGGGUUACCUUCAUGAUACGGAUGAAAUUAAAAACGUUAAACUUGAAUGCUAUUUAUUUUGGCGCCGGGUAGGGCAGUUAGUAAUUUUGAAUAAUAUUAUAAACACACGGUAUUAUGUAUUUUGUUCUACUCGUGUAAUAUUCGUUUAAUUUGUCUAGGUUAAAUUAAUAGAGAAUUCUUUACGAGGAUACGAGUUUGUUCUCGAUGUUUUCAAAAUAGCCUACUUUUUAUCUAUUUUCGCAAACUCCGCAGAAUCAAAAGUCCUUGUUGUUAUUUAUCAUUCGGAGUUUGAUUAGAUAUAUUAAUCGUGAAUCGAGUAAUACAAAACAUAAGACGUUUGCUGUUUCGAAGGACGAUGUUUGUAGUUUAUAUACAUUAUUUCACUAUUAUAAUCAGCUAUGUUUAAUUAUUGUUCAAAUUUAAAGACGACGAUGCGUCGAAAAUUUCGAAUAUCAUUUGUCGGAUAUAAAUCAUCGCGAAUGUAUUUUAAAAAUACAUACGAGAAUACAAUAUACUUAACAGUUAAAUGUUUAUAUAUCCGCUGAAUGACUUACCAGAUUUAUAAUACUAUUAGAAAUAUACCAUACCUAUACCAUUAUUGUUACUGGGUUUUACAUUUUUUUUUUCAAUCGAGUUAUAAAAUGACGGAAUUACGUCUAUAGGAAGUAAUAAUUGACUUUCUAGAAUUUCCGGUUUUCGUCAGCAGCGAUGUUGUUUGACUGCUAUAAUUAUAAUAAUAAUAAUCUGUUCACUGUUGUACCUGGUGUAUGUUGAAAAUGCGGAAAAUAGGAGACACACCAAUACACACGUACCUAUCGUUUCGCCGUGUAACCUCUCCCGCGGUAUAGCUGGUAAUCUCGUUGACUGAAGUCAAGGUUUGCACGCAGGUUGUGUCGUUUUUCCGUCUUUAUAUACACGCCAUGUAUAAUAUACAAAUUUAAUAAUAAUAAUAAUAUAACAACGUGAUGAUAACGGCAUAUUACAUAAAAAUAUAUUUGUAUACCUAAAUUGGUGCGUUUACGAGUAAAAAUAUUUGGAAAAAAAACCCCUACCGAAAAAUAGAGUUAUGUAUUCCUGCUUUGGGAGUUCAAUAGCUUAAUAAUACUAAUAAUACUUGUUAUAUUUCGCUUUAUAAUGAUGGUUUUACAACUCGGGAUCAUAUUUUAAUCACGAGAGGACUAGUUUUUUUUUAAAUUGUAUUAUUAUUAUUCGAUCGUAGAAACGCAGGUAUUUAUUAUACAUGUUAUUUUUUUAUCAAGCACCAUUGAUUUUUUCAAUCAUUAUAAAAGGGUAUUACGGAAUUGGUUCCUGAUAAAAAUAACUUAUAGUCAUUCAACUGUUCGAGUUGAUUCCAAUAAGUACAAAUCUGUAUUCUUAAUAUAUAUUAUUAGAUUUAUGAUGUCUGGAUGUCUGGGAAAGUUCUCGUAUUAUCACAUAUAAUUUAUUAAUAUAAAUAUAAUAUUAUAGUUUAAGGUGUUAUAAGUAUUUUGUAUAUCGUCACAAUUUUUAGAGACAGCCAUCUAUUCUAUACGCGUAAGUAUAGAAUAGAUUAAUGUUCACGAUGACUACAAUAAUAUUAUUAUUAUAAACAUCGUUGAUCGUUACCUAUAUAUAAUUAUGAUAAUCAUCGUACACUAUCCGUUUCAAGGUGCCUAUGUCAAUAAUUAUAUUUUAUCCGUUCAACUGCACAUGGUGCCUUGUACUACAGACUGUUGUUUUUUUUUUCCUCUUGAGAUUUUCAUAACGAUUAUAAUGAUAAUUUUAGAUGUACUUGGCCGUAAAUUUUCGAUAACCCAGUAUAAUUAUUGUUAUUUAAUUUAGGUUAGGUAUAUACGGUCGUUUUAAUUAGGAAUAUUUACAUAUACUGUAAAAUUAGAUAGGUAAUUUUAAAAGAAGGAUCUAGGUAAAUAUAACCAAAAAAUACAAAUCGUCUAUAAUAUUAUAAUUGUAAAAAUUGUAGAAAAUUACAAAUAAUAAUUUUACGUCCAGCCUGUACACUAGUGUACACUAGCUAGCUGUAUACUAGCUAAUAUACUCUACAGCUGUAGAAUGUAGGUAAAUAACAAAAAUAAUAACGAACGACUGCGAGUCGUGAGGAUCGGGUUUUAAAUUUACUUUUAUGAUCAUAUUUAUAAUUUCUAUAUGUUUUACUUUUAACCAGAUCCAACAUUGUGAUUACUAUUACACUAUUUGUACAUUUCCUAUACAUGUCUAUUGUAAUUCUUUAUCAGCACUCAAUAAUAAUAAAUAAUAAUUUUACAAUUUUUACAUUGAUUUUAACCACAAUGUAGAGACGAUAAGGUGAUAACACUUAUGAAAAAAGUGGUAUAAUUUUUGAUGGCACACAUUUAAUAAACAUGAAUACCACUGAUUAACGCCACUAUACUCGAAGGCCGGUUAUAUUCAUUAUUCGCUACUAUAGUGCAUUAAAGACUAAAGAUAUUCGAUUUGUAAAUUGUUCAAAUUUCACAAUUCAAAGACAAUAUGCUAAUAUUAUACUAGCAAGUUGGUAUAAAUAAAAAUGUUACUAAUAUGUAGGCACGAAUUCAAUAAAAUAAACUUAUUAUAGUGAUUGACUUCUAGUCAUAACUAACCGUAUUUAAAAUAGAAAUCACUUCCCUAAAUUGAUUGCAAUUUAGUAGGAUUGUAUGAAUUAAAAGUUGUCUAUUUAAAAAUAUUUUAUUGAUCUUCGAUUUAUUGAACUUAUAACUUACAUUAUAUAAGAAACUGGAUGUACAAUUUUUUUUUUUUUUUUAAAAGUUAAGUAAAAUAAAUUAAAAUGCCAAAUAAAUGUUUUGUUCCGGGCUGUAAAUCAGGAUACGCUAGUAAAGAAUACAAAAAUUACAUUAUAUCGGACUCCUAAUAUACCACCAUCACAAUAGAUAAAAAAUAUUUAAAUUACUUUUUUUAAGUUAAAAGUAAAUAAUUACUAAAUAGCAUCAAACCUUAAUAAUAUCUGAUUAUUUAAUAACAAUAUUUUUAAAACGUUUAAUAAUUAAAAGUAAUUUUUAACAUAUUGACAUGUACUAAUACUUUAAAUUUAAAUAUUAUAAACUAUUAUAAUAUUAUAAUUUUUAGCUUAGGUUAAGACUAAUUGAAUAAUAAGUAUAAUUAAUAAAUAACUCUUACAUAAGUUAAUCAAAUUUGGAACUUUUGUAAAAACGUAUAAUAUACUAAUUUGUAUUUAUUAUAAUAUCCUUUUAACAUUUUGUUUAACUUUCAUGUUUUUAUAAUAUGAUUGGGAUAUAAUUUUAAUUUUAAUUAAAUAACACAGUUGUUCAAUGUUCAUGUUAGUAAUAAAUCUAGUUUACUAUUUAUACUUGCAUAAUUUGUAAAAAAUAUUAUCUAAAUUUAGAUAUAAUCUGUAAGUCAUAAAAAUAACUUUCAAUAAAUAAAUACUUAUACUUAAUCAUUUUGUAUACAUAUGAACAUUGUACACAAUUAACACAAAUAAAACAUUUAAAUUUAAAAAAAAAUCUGAAGCCCUUUCUUCCCCUAGACAAGCAAAAUAUUGUCACCUUAUCUUCUCUACAUCGUGAUUUUAACAAUUUUUUGACUUUUUUUAUUCCUUGUGUUGACUGGUGAUAUUUUUUUUUAUGAUUUUACUUUUUUGUUCAAUUUUUUUCUAAUUUUCUUAUUGUAUACUAUGGUAAUUAUUAUUUCGGUUUAUUAUGAUUAUUAUUGCUAUGUCAAAUAUAUUUAAAUGUAUAAUAUACUUAAAUAUUAUUUUUAUUUUUUUUCGGACAUUUUGGUAGAACACCUUAAGUCCUAAAAGGACACAUUUUCAAUAUUUAUGGAUUAUACCGUACUCAUUUCAAGAAUAAAUUAUUUUUGAUAAAAUAGUAAUGUAUAAACAUUUCUAUGUUAAAAAACUCUUAGGUACGCUGGUAUUUUUUUAAUAAAUUUUUAAUGAAAAACAAUACAAAAUUAUAAUAUUAAUUAAUUACGGAAUUACGUAGAGACUACAAUGGUUUGCUCUAAUAUUAAGUAAAUAGAUUAAAAUAUAGGGCAUUGCGUACGUAGAUGUAUUUUUUUCAUUGGGUACACCAUUGCAGAGUUGUAAAAAUAAUGACCAAGCAAAUAUUUUAAAUUAUACUAAAAUGAUAUUCAAAUAUCAUAAUAUCAAGUAUCGUGUCUCGGGUUACCCACGUAUUAAUUACAAUAUUAGUAUAUACUUCUAACUUAAACGUUUUGAGACGUUUGUGGUUGAGACACUACACUACAUAUACUUUCAUGUGUAGACGUUGCUUCCAUUGAGCUCCUCAAAACUAAUAAUAUUAUUAUUAAUUAUUGUGGCAAAUGCAGCAAAUCGUAUUAUUUUUUAUUUUUUUUUAGUAAGACUUAUCACUAUUUCGUCGUUGCCGUUUUGAUGUAAGGCUACUUCACCGUUAAAAAAAAAAUAAAAACCUGAUGAAAAUAAUCAGAGUCAAAAUAGUUGUUGCUACCAAUAUUUGAAAUGUUCACUAAAAAUUUAAACACGUUUACAUUCACAUUCGUUGAAAAAAUAAACGUGUUCAGUGAUAAGAAAUGUUAACCAUAUAUGGGACUAUUUUGUUUAAUGAUAUUUAUUUUUAAGUGAUAAGUCAUAAUUCAGGAACAAAAGAUUUAUUUAAUGGCGUAUUGAACUACGUUUACUUUAGGGGCUAUGAUUUGUAUAUAUCACCCACAUAACUAAUUUUAUUUGAAUACACAUGUCAAAACUUUUUAUUAAUUCUCUAAAGAACAACUCGUUAUUUCAGGAUUGUUUCAGGAAUAAUAAAUAAAAAUAAAAUUCGUUACUUUACAUACAAUAUUCAUUACACACAGAUAUACAUGUAUAUUCUACAUGAUUAUGAACUUACAACACAUUUUUGAAUAAAUUGGGUAUUUAUUUUUGAUGGGGUAGUUGAUCGUAUGUCGAAAUAGUGACGGUGACACGAUUUCACGGCGAAACGGCAAUGACGAUUUGACUGUAUUCUGCAGACAGUACCCAAACAAGGAGACAUGUGUAGGCAACACUUUGUCGAAUGUGUAAACAUUAUUAUUUAUAAUAACCUAUUGUCUGUGUUUUUGCUAUAAAAUAAUAGAUAUCAAAGUUUUAAAUAAAAUGGUCUAUGGUAAAUUAAUAAAAACAGUUUUUUUUGAAAACUCAACAAAUAAUGUGUAUUUUUAAAUGCUACUGAUAUAAUAUUAUGUUACGAAUCUUAUUUUAUUCAUUUUUAACGAGUUUUUCGGAGUCGACUCAUGAAAUUCAAAAAUGAUCUAUUGUUUCGUUAACAUGAACGAAAGCAAAUAAACUCGUGUUAUCUGUAGAAUUUUGCAACACUGAAAACAUCGAUGAAAUCAAUUAUAACAAUUUGCUUGAAGUUUGAUUGUUGGGUAGGAAUUAUUUUUAAAUUUCGAAAGUCAAUUAACCUACUAAAAGUGAGGUUCAUUAUAAAUACAAAAUCUAAUUUUCUCUAUAUUAUUACUAGUUAUCCGAGAAAAAUCGUUACCGGGAUUUCACAAAACGUAUUUGUCAUCUUAUCUGGUAUUUUUAUAUUUUACUUAUCUAACAAUAUAUGGUGUAUUGAUUACGCUCAGUCAGUAUCAAGAAAUAUAACUUAGAAUUGAGCGAAAACUUUACCUAUUGGUUUUUUUUAUAACUAAUUUUGAAUUUAACAAUAAGCACAAUAAUGUAUAAUUUUAGUUAGGUUUUAUUUUAGAUUCGGAGAGUAACGAAAGAUAUAUUCGUUUUACUAUAUGAUAUAUCUAUGAGUAAUUUUUUUUAACAGUAGCAUUAAUGUAGUACCUUUUUUGACAGACAAUUCUAUCUAGUUAGUACAUUAAAAUGUUAAUUUUUUUGAUAUUCUAAGGUAUUUUCAUAAUAAUUGAGAAAAACAAAAAGACAAAUGUAAACGAACAAAUGUACAGCGAGCGUACGAUUUCAUUAUUUUAAGUUUUUACACAUAAUGUUUUCUACUAGAAAUAGUGAUUCCACCAAAAACCACAAGUUACGAUAUUUGUUGAAUUUUGGACCUUUUUGGUGAAUAACAAAGUCGUUUUUUGAUUUUCCAAAGGUUUUUCAUUAUAAUUAGGACAAAUAAUAUUUUCACAAUAUACUAGAAUAAUUAUUUUAAAAUAAAAAUCUAAUAAUUACUUACUAUAACGUAAUAAUCGAAAAGAAAUCUUUUUUAUAUUACAUGACUUUUUUGACACUUAACUUUCAAACACUUGAUAUAUUACUACUUUUUGUCAUUAUACUUUUUAAAAUUUUAAACUUUUUAAUUUACUUUUUAACUGUUAAAUGCAAUUUUAAAACCCUAUAAACAACAAUAUUAAUAAUAAUCUACACACAAAAGUUUUAUACAUACCAACAGUUGAAAAAAAAACAAUCUAUUUAAAUUAUUUUAUCGAAAUACUCAUAUACCAAUAGUAAAAAUCUUUAGAGUAAUAUUACAUUUUAGAUUUUACACUAGACUACACUAGACUAGAAAAAAAGAUUUAUUUAUUUUUCUAUAUAAGAAAUUUCAAUAGCAAAGGCUGAAAUGAACUAUAUAUACAUUUAGACAGUGACUUAUCUACGACGAGAGGGGGAGGUUAGGAUUGAAACCCAAGUUAUGAAAAAAAAUUAAUUAUUACAAUUUAAAACCAUUGUCACUAGACUACCUAAAUAUAAGUGCCCCUCCCUCAGAUAAAAUAAUCCUGAAUACGCGUUUACAUUUAGGUAUAUAAUUCAUAGAACUUGUUGGAUAAGAGAGAACACUCUCUUCUUUUUUGAAUUAAAAUUGUUCGUUUAAGUCCAUCUUAACUUUUAUUGCGCUCUUCCACCUUUCUCUUUUUCUCCCUAUUUCUCUCAAACGUUGCAUCUAUGUCCAACGAUGCAUUGGUUUUAUUUUUGAAAAAGUGUGGCUAUACUAUUAUAUAUACACGCUUAUCCAGUUUUGGGUAAUUUGUGAAGGUCUUCAUAUUUCAUCUUCGUGUCAGGGCCAAGAAUUUCGCAAAGAUUAUGAUUUAUAUCUUCAUUGUUUUAGUUCAUAAUGUGCAUUUAAUAACGCAAAUGUAUGUGUCAUUAUACUUAAUAUUUAUAUACAAAUAUAUAUUAUACCUAUAGUAUGACAAGAUUUUUUUUUUCUGUUUGAUAUAAUUAUAAAUAUUUGUCUUGAAUGGUCUUCAAGAUAUAUUGAACACUUUUUUCGAGAACUUUAAUAUUAUUGUUAAUUAGGUAAUUUAUUUAAUUAAUUAAUAAUUUGCAUGAUAUUCAUACACUUUUAUAAUUUUAUAUAGGUAUAGUAUAACUAUAGACAUAAUAAUAAUUAUUAGGUUUAUUAAUAGUUAUUUGUUUAUAUAUUUAACUUAUUUUUUCAUUUAGAUAUAGUUUAAUUGUAUUAUUUUAAACAUAUUUUUUCAACACUCGUAACGCAUAUUUUCUACAAAAAUUUGUCUUGUAUCUAUUGUCUUAUAUUUUAACAUACUUUCAAUUUGCUAUAUUUUUAAAGUAAACCUUUGCAUCUUCGUUGUAUUCCACAUGAAUGCGCAUAGAACUAUAAACUUAAACCCUUCUUUCAACAGUCACAAAUCACAAACCACUUACGGUAUUACAUUUAAAGUACCUACUUACUUUUUAAACGUGGCUAGUUGUAUGCGAAGUAUUAAGGGCAACACGCUUGAAAAAUAUAAACUUUUUAGUCUAAAUGACAAAUUGAAUACGUAGGAUACGUACGUAUUAAAUUUAUUGGUGAUGGUUACGUCCUAUUUGUAACUGUAGAAGUGAAAUCAAACAUGUAGAUAUCAACACGUGAACAUAUUUGUUAAGUAUCUAUAAUCUCAUGACAGGUCGACGUUUGCACAUUAUUUUCUAAAAAUGUAAUAUUGACCAAUCUUAAUUAAUUUUUAGAUUAUGAGAGUAAUAAGAAAUAUACUGGUUUUCUAUUUUAUGAUGUGUGCUUCUUUGUUUUUUGUCUCUUUGUGUGCAACUUUUCUAUCAGAAAUCUAGUUCUAAUAGAACAAAAACAAAAUUAAUUAACAAUACAUCUUUUUUGUUAAAUUUUGGAUUCAGUUAGUAUAUUGAGGUAAUUUUUUCAUUUUCUUUGUGGUUAUCCUAAUAAUUUUGGAAAAUCGGAGUAGAACUUUUGAUAAACUAGAAAAUUUACGGUUUUAUAAAUUUAAAUUUUCUUUCAUUGUCCCUAAUUUGAUUUAUUGAUUGAUUUGAUUUAUUAUCGUAGAGAUUUUCACAGAAUAUUUAUAUCAGUAUUUUAUUGACUUGGUAAAAUGUUCUAAACAUUCUGGCGACUUUUAAGCUAUUUUAUAGGCAUUUUAAAUUUUUAAAUCAUGGAAUUUCGUGUGAACAGUACAGCGGGGAAGUUAACAAUAAAUUACAGUGAUGGUGUAGAACAGUAAUUUGGGUGACGUGUAACUUUUGUUUUACUAUAUAUAAUUCCUAAAUUAAUAUGUAUAAUUUGUUUUGAAUAAUUGCUUAAUCAAGCUCCACUCAGAAUCGAUUCCCAUGAUUCAUCAUUAUGUACCGUAUUAAUAUAAAUUAAAUAACUAAAAUAUAUCCUGCCUUCCCAACUUCCCUGAUUUCCCACCUACAACAGUGGCGCACCCAUCAAUAUUUCUUAUUGGAUGAUGUUUUACACAACAACUAAAAUAUAGGUACUUAUUUUGAUUACGAAUUCUCUGCAUUAUAUUCUUAGCUUGAUUUAUCAUUGAACUCGUCAUAAAUGCGUGCCUUACAAGCAUUUUCAAAAUCGCACAAUAUAUAUACAUAGAGUGAUAUAACACUCUAUGUGGAGUACUCUAUGCAGUACCUGCAUUAUAUAUAUAUAUAAUGCAGGUACUGAGGUACUUCAACAAAAUGUCCUAUAAACUAUAGUGGUAUAGUUUAUCACAUGCCAUAUUACACGUAAUUUAUUUUAUAGAUAGUAUGUAGAUAAAAUGUUGUUAGACUAAACAGAAAUACUUGCAAAUUUGAUAGGAAGUACAUUAUAAAUCGUACUUAGUGGUAAAAAAAAUUAAGUGCAAUGUAGUAUUUUUUUUUUUUUAUAAGAGUUUUAAAAUUAAAUUUUGACGAAAAUUUUGAGUAUUACGAUCUUUUAAAAUAUGUAUAACUGAAUUUCGCUUUGAAUCAUGUUUUAUUAGUAAUGGUAUAUCGUUGGUUACAGGUAUAAAUUAAAUAACUUUAUAUGUUCCGCCUUCCCAACUACCCACCUACUCACCUACCCACCUACAACAGUGGUUACACCCGUCCCUUAUAUCAGCUUUUUUUUUUUAUUUACUAACAAAAUACAUCACGAGAUAGGUACUUGCUAUAAUAAUACCGUAAGUAACUAAUUAUUUUUUCUUGACGAUGAUCAUUAAUAACAACUGUAUAGAUACUCAUAUAUUAAUAUGUUGAUAAUCAGCUGCAGAUUUUGGUUCUCUAACAAUAAUGUUUAUAUUGUUAUAUUUUGUAAAAUAUUUUUAUUUUUAUCAGCUAUCAGUUUUUUUUUUUUUUUUUUUUUUUUCUUGGUAUUGUGGAUACAAAUAAGUGAUGAGGACAAUUUUUUUUUAUAAUAUAUAUAUAUAUAAAUAAACUACAGAAGCAGUUGUAUUUUUCUUUAGUAUAAUCGAGCACUGUUAGGUAUGUAUAUAGAAAGUCCAAAAGAUCGAUAAGACCGUUUUAUUGAUGUAAACGCAUUUUGGCGUGGGAAAUCGUCCGGAAGUUCCCGGGACGGAGCUUUUGAAUAUUGCAUUACGCGGGUACAGUAGACGAAUGAAAGGUCACGUCUUUGCGAAAACCAACAAACCGACGACAUCUGAUUGAAUGUGACGUCCCAUUACGCUCUCAGAGGUUUACUGAAGUGAUGUUGACAUGAACCCUAAACGGCGAUAAGAUAAUAAUAUUUUGCUACAGUGUUUAAAGGUCUUGGCGUGUAAAAUUUAUUCAGUGGUUUUUGUAUAAUAAUAUAUAAUGUCCAAAAGAGAUGGUAACACUCAUUUCAGUCGAUUUAUUUGCAAUGAUAAUAAUUAUUGUCGCGAGAAAUGAUGCAUUUAUUUUUAUUUAAACAAAAUUAGAUAAUAUAAAAAGAAAAUUCAUGUUCCGUUGACUAUAAUAUUAAAUAUGAAUUUAGCAAAUACAAAUAUUUGUAUAUGUUUUUGAGCAUUAUAAAAUCUUUAAAUUCAAACUUUUUACUUAAAAUAAAUGAGUAAACAUGUAUUCUAGAUACUUUUAAAAACGUGUAUUAGAAUAUACGAGUAUACCUGUCUGAAUACUUGUGGACCUUCGUCUACCUAAUUGGACCAAUUACCUGACGCUAUAAACAAACCUUUGUGAGGCAUCUUCUGGGGUAAUGUCCCAAUAACUAUAACCUAACUUAACCUAACCUAAUAUGUUAUAGUUUGGCCAAAUAAAUUAUGGGAAGGGGAAGGGUCGUGUGUAAUGUUAUCAUGAGUAUUGUAUACUGAAUAAUUCUACUACCUUUAAGUUAAAGAUGUUUCAUUUUGUUGGUCAACCAAUUUUCUACUAGAAUUCUAACUUCAAUAAAAAAACUUCACUUGUACUUUCUUUUAGUAUUUUUUUUUUCUAUUUGAUACAUUAGGAAGAUUAUUUUUUUAUUUUUUUUGGGACGAUAAUUGAUAUAAUAAUCCCUUGUAGUUUUCUUAAUAAAUUGGACAAAUUAUCAAAUAGUUUUUGUUGGUUUCUGAAUUAUCUUGUCAACAAAGAAAAAUUACGUAUUUUGAUUUACUUUGUUCAGAAUAAUUUUUCCUAAGUAAUAAAUUAUGAAAUUACAACAAUGACAUAUUUGUAUUAUAUUAUUACUAAGUUAUGCAUUUUUAUUUCAAUAAAUAGUUUUAUUGAAUACAGAUUUCUUAUUUAUGAUUAAAAAAAAAAACAUGUUUUAUAAUACCCUGAAUAAAAUAAGACAUAUUAUAUUACAUAUUUUCAUAUAUUUUACCAAUAAAUAAAUAUUUUGUAAAUAUUUUGUAUAUUCAUGUGUAAGUACACAUCGAAUUUAACAGAAAUAUUGAAAAUAACAAUUAUUAUAUUGUAUAUAAUAAUAAAAUAAAAAGACUGAAGUACUUCACAUCAUCGUGACAACAGUGAUCCACUCUAUAAUGGGCCACUGUUGUGGAUGAGAAGUUGGAAAGGUAAAAGGAAAAUUGAAUGUAUAUCUGUAUACAACAAUUUACCAUUGCUAACGAAAAACGAUUCUGAGCAAAGUUCGGUUAAUAUAGUGUUGCUUUCAAACUUUGAUAUUAAAAUACUUAUAAAAAAAUUCAACAUUACCCUCGUUUUUUUUUUUUUACCACAAAGUACGACUUAUAAUAAAUCUCCUGUUAAAUUUUCUAGUAUUUCGGUUUGGUCUAACCAUUGUAUUCAUGGAGUACCUACUGAACAAAAAUGACGUAAAAAAAAUGGCUGCAAUGUUUUGAAUAUUUUACCACAUCUAAAAAAAUCAAAUAUGUAUAAGUUUUCUGUACAAAUUUCAAGUUUCUACUAAUAUUUUUUACUGAAUCAAAACAAAACAAAACAUAUAAGAAAAAUUGGACGGACUUCGCAUGCGGGUGCAGCCACUGUUGUAAGUGGAAAGUUGGGAAGGUAGGUUAUAGAUGGAAAUUUAAUGUAUAUCUGUAAGCAACGAUAAACCAAUGAAAAAAGGAUUCUGGGCCGAGUUCAGUUGAUAAUAUUGCUUUGUCAACAAUACAAUAUAUGGUAUCAUGUCAUAUUAUUGUAAAAUGAUUAAAGCAAUGUGAAAUGUCCAAUUAAAAACCAUAACCUUUAAAUACAUUCCCCUGUCCUUUUUCUUAGACAAAUAUAAUGAAAAAUCCGGUGACGUAGUGACACUCAGGAGAGUAUUUGGAACAACUUUGUGAAAAAAAAUUGGAAAAAAGUUAAAUAGUGUCGUCACAAAAUUGAAACAUAAAAUCUAUAAUAAUAAUAAUAUAAUAUACAUAGGUUUAAGGAUUGUUAGAGUAAUUAGUUAUAAUAAUUGUAUAGUGUAUAAUAUCUACAGAGAGAUAAAAUUAUAAAUUUUUAAUUCUAUUUUUACAUUCCAUAGUGUUCUUUAGACAUUAAAUUUAAACUAAAUAACAGUUAUAAUGCAUUUAUGGUUUAGAAUUUUUUUCAAUAGCCGUAACAAAUUAAAUUUACUGUUUAUAAUAUACAAAUUAUUACAGCACCUUAAAUAAAUUUUUCAAAUUUUUAAAAUUAUUUAAUUAAAUGAUACAAUUAAAAAGUUUAGAAUUUCAGUUGUAACAUAGUUCAGGUUUUUAGAAUAUUUUAUUUUUAUUGUUUUUAAAAUAUUUAUGUAAAUAAUAGAAAUAUCUAUGUAAUUUAUUUUUAUGUGAUUUCCUAUGGUAGCAUUGAUUAAAAUAAUAAUUUGUAGUUUGUGAACAAAACAAAUAGGAUUGAUAAACAAAAAAUAACUAUUUAAAAGAAAAUUUAUAAUUUAUUUGUGUUAUUACAUUUAAGUUUACAUUUCUUGUAUAGUACCAAUUGCAUGCAUGCUUAAUAAGUUAAUAACAAUUACAAUCAAUCACUAAAAGUACAAGACUGAUUGGAUAAUCAUAUAUUAGGAAUGGUUUAUAUAGAUAAUUAUUCUAUUAUACAUUCUUUAAUAUAAUAUUUUUUUUUUCCAUUAGCACCCAUAGCAUUUUUUUGCUACCUAUUUUUUUUUUUUCAUAACUUUUUAUUAUUAAACUAAUAUAUUAGAAAAUACAAUAACAAAGUAUUAAAGAAAUAAUUAAAAUUACCUACACCUUUAAGCAAAGCUUGUGGUGGUAUAGGGAGUAUUAUACAUGAUUAAAUUACAUAACAUAAUAAAUAAUUAGGUUAUACAAUAUAGUUAAAUAAUACUUAACGAGUUAAAUUAAAUAUUAUGAACAAUUUAAUUAUUAAACAUGAAAAACAUAAAAUAUCUAUCUAGUAUGUAGAGUAUUUAUUAUUAAUAUAUAAUAUUUUUACUAAUAUAUACAUUACAAAUUGUGUUACUAACAUAUAAAAAUACAAUAGUUAAAUAUCAUUUCUUAUUACAGUGCUGAAAAUAGCCAAUUCGGAAUUUUAUUUUUUAUUUUUGUAGUUAUACCGUUCCCUAAUGUAUAGAAUAUGUGUUUUUUUUUUUAUAUUUAUAGGUAUUAAGUUGUUGUUUUUUGGACCCAGGUAUUCUAUGCAUUUCUGACCAAACGUCUUUCUAAAAUACUCCAUUUUGACAUCAAACGCCAUGUAUUAUUUUUAACUAUUACAUUUUUCAUAUUCAUCAUGAAGGAUUAAAACUUUUUGGUUAUGCAUAAAAUAAUUAUUUUAUUGUUAUAGAUUAUAACAACUUUUAUAUUAUAUAAUAUCUGGUCACUAUUUUGGGAUUUUAAACUCACUUUUUACAUUAUUUGUAUAUAAAUAUAUAUAUUAUCUGUUUCUCAUACUAAUUACUAUAAAUUGUUACAAAUAAAAAAAUAUAGGGUUAACUAGUAGAUACUAAUAACUAAUAAGUAAUAAUUUAUAGGUAAAUAGAUUGUAAUUUUCUGAUUUAUAAGAACUUUUCACGUUGUUUUAAUUUAGAUCAAUUGUGAUUAAUCUAGAUGUUUAAACGCGUUUUAAACAUCUCAACCCUGAAUUUAAUACACGCGCCGUUCGAUUGUUCGAAUUAGGCCUGUAAACGGUUUUCCAACAAUAUCGUACGCGUACAAUUAUUAUUAGUAUAAUAUACGAAUAAUGAUUAUAAUUUGUAUUAUUAUUAUUAUUGUUGUUGUUUGUAUACAGGAAUGGGACGUGGAAAGAGGUUUGCCUAGAGGAGUAGCAGUCGAUCUCGAACAGGACGGCGCAAACGGUAGCUAUAAUAAUUGUAGCGGCGGCGUCGGUUUACGGCCGUCGGCGGAGGUCGUCGACGUCGAACAGCAACGCGACGGCGGCGGCGGCGGCGGCGACGGCAAAACCUCUUCUUCCGUAGUUUGCAGAGUGGUGUGUGCCGCUGUGAAAGUCACCGUCGUCGCGGCCGCGCUCAUUGUGACGUGCGCGUUCAUAUGGUACACUAUGGGCCUGCCGUUCCUGUGUCAGGUGAUCGUGGUCGCGUUCAUCGCGUUCGUGGCCAGCGGAGGUUACAAAUUCAUCUAUCUGCUUUACCGCACCGCUCCCAGAGACAUCAAGUGAGUUGGUUUUUUUUUUUUCCUGUGUUUUAUCGGUUCGUUAUUUGGAGUAAAUAACAACACCGGGAUCCCGUAAUAUUAUUUAUCAUUGUGUAAUACAAAGCUAUUAUCGUCUGUGCGCGCGUACACGAGCGGCCUUUGUCGCCGAACGCCAGCGUCGGGACAGAUUGGCGCCGCGCGACACUAUUAUUGUAUUCCCCGCCGACGCGCCGCGGUGUACCCUGCUCGAAAUCGUUUAAUUGUCCGCGAGCUUAAGUCGCUUAUAAAACAUCGUUAUUGUAGCCGUAGUGGCGUGUUAAGGUUUUUGCCAAUGAGAGGGAUGGAGGGAAUAUCGAAUUUCGAAAAUCGUGUCGUAUUAUUACGCAUUGUCAAGCGUGUACUAGGGCUAAAACAACAACAAAACAAUUCAAAUAUAUUAAUAAUUUAUUUAGUUGUGUAAGUAAUAACAAAAUUUAAUCUGCCCUGAAUCAUAAUAAUUAUUUGAAUCAAAGAGGUGUGCGUCGUGUACUUAACUACAUAGGUAUAAGCGAUUGAUAAUUGUUUUCUUUGUACUUUGUCUCAUUUAGGUACUAAUCGAAUCUCCUUCGCGCGUAUAUUAUAUUGUCCGGCAUAGGUUUCCUUUUAAGAAAAUAUAUAUGUUCGGGUAUUGAUUACCAACAAAUUAAUUUGUUGAUUUUUCUGACUAAGAAGUAAGAAGUAAAGACAUUUUUAUUUAAAAAGACGGAAAUAUUUCGCACGAUGAAUGGGUCAUUGUUGUAAGUGAGAAGUUGGGAAAGUAUGAUAUAAAGGGAAAUAUAAUGUAUAUCUGUACGCAACGACUAAUCAUUGUUAACGAAAAACGAUUCUGAGUUGUUAUACAUUUUUUAAAAGCCUUAUUAUUUACGGUUUUCGUCAAAAUUUGAUAUUAAAAUACUUUGAAAAAAAAUUCUUCAUUAGUCAUUUUUUUUUUUUUUACCACAAAAUACGACUUAUUAUAUGAACUUUCGAUUUAUUUUCAAGCAUUUCUGUUUGUUCUGACAAUUGUAUUCACAGAAUGCCUACCAAAUAAAAUUACAUAAAAACCUCGCAAAGUUAAAAUGUUUAUAAAUAUCUCAAAAAUUGCUAAAAUGGUUUGAAAAUUUUACCACUUCUAAAAAAGGUAAAUAUAAGUUUCUGUCUGACCUAAUUUCAAGUAUCUAUGGAUAUUUUUAAUUGAAGUACAACAAAAAAACAAAAUUGAAAAUAAUAAAACCAUUAUUUUCGUAAAUUGUCUCGUUCUUUCUAAGUUUUUUUCGGUUUUGCUGAAUUAUUAAAAAAAAUAUACACUGAAAAUCAAAAAACGACUUUCUUUAAUACCAACUAGAUUAAAAAUUUAAUAACAAUGAUAUCUUGUCUUUUUUUUAUUAGAUCGAUAUUUUAUAUUUAUGAUAGUAAACAUAAAACGUAAACAUUUAAAAUAAUAUAAUAUAGUAACGCCGUGAAUUUGUGAGUUAUCGUUUUUGGUUUUUCCCAAUUAUUAUAAAAAUUGGAACAUCGAAAAACGACAUUGAUAAGUACCAACUAGAUAAAAUUUUUUUUCAGAAAAGAUACUAAACUUAAUACAUUGGAUCCAGAUUUAUGGUAUAGAAAUUUUGUACAGUAUAAAAAAAACAAAUUUAAAAAAAUUAACUUUGUAAUACCAAUAACAUUCUUUGCUUUGUUCAGAAUCUAAAAUGGGUAAGUUAUUUAAAUAAAAACAAUACCUACUAAAAAGAGUCGAAAGGGAAAAUAUACGAGUAUAUCCCUCAAUCUUUUCCCUGUAAAUACGCCACUACAUGUAUACCUACACAGCGUCGUGAAGUGUUUUUUUAAACACUUCAUCAUAGGUAUUAUAUGGUACGGAAAAAAUUAUUUAGGCCAAUAUGGAUAUUUUAUAUUUAUAGGACUUAUCAUCUUGUGCACGUUAAUAAUGUGAUUGGGAACAUCUUGCGACGUAACACUUUUCUCGCAAUACUUAUUAUACAUACUAUUAAUACUCGCUAUCAUCCGUACGGUCAUAUAACUAUAAUUAUCACGUUUAUCACAGUUUUGUAUAUUAUUAUUGAUUUUUCACGUAUUUCAUGGCGAAAAUGACGCGGCGUAAAAUUUCCCACAGAACCGAUGUACGUACCAAAAAAUUGUAAAAUCCAAUUUAUAUAUCGCCUGUGUUUCUAACAAAAAAAACCGUCCGUUCGAUCAUAAUUAUUGUAUUUAAUAUUAUUCGGAGGUACCUGCCUCCGCAAACCAGUUUAAAAUAUUCGAGAUCGGGCACGUGUGUACGUUUAUAUUUUUCAAAUAGGUAACCUGCACAUUCCUGUGACGAUUAUCGCCGCAAUACGUUUCUCUGACCGAUAAAAUAAUAUUAUACUCGCUUCAAUUGCGUCAUGUCGUCACGUAUACGAUUUUAUUUGGCGUUUUCAACUUGACAAAUAACACAACAAGCAAUAUUAUAAUAAUAAUAUUAUUAUCUUACUCCAUCCCGUAUACUGUGGCGUUGGCCGUGUUGUUUUUACUAUAUAGCCAGUAUGAUGAGACAAGAAAAAAUUGUUUAAGUGCAGGCGAACAAGGUAUUUUCCGAGCCUUCCAAUAUCUUUUAGAAUCGAUUAUGGCGAUUUAGAUUUCUUUUAUCUCAUUUUGAAACUAUACUAAUACAAUAAUGGUCAGUCCUGCUAUUCAAAAUGAAAUUAUUGAGGAAAUAUCAUGAUGUUUUUAUGUCAAUAAGUUGAAUUUAUUAUUGUUUCGUUCUAAUUGAAUUAUUUUUUUGCUUCCCCUCUCCCAUUAAAAAAUAUGUUUUAAUAAUAUAUAAUUAAUAAAUAAAAUUCAUACUCGUCGACCGCGUUUAAAAUAGGUAACACAAUACAAAACGCCUAUGACGCGCGUGGCGUCUAAAUAUUUUAACAUAAAAUGCAUAGUUAAUGUAUUAUGAAGAACCCCAUUAUUCUGCGCCAACUCAUAUUAUUAUACUCGUAACUCCACUUCGUGGAAAAUAAUGAUUUAAUCGUAUUUACGAGAGACGAAGGGUUUUUAUUUUCACAAAAAAAGGUUUUAAUAAGCGUUCGUUCGUCGCAAAUGUCGAGAAUAAUAUUUAUUAAAAGUGCAUUUUUUCCGUCGGAUAAUACUACCCGAUCGCACUAUGUGAUCACAACUUUGAAACGCGGUUAUAUUUUAAAAUACAAUUGCAUAAAAUGCUCGACAAAAUGUAUGAACUACUAUAAGUUACGCCUAACUAAUACUACUAAACUAUAAGUUUCGAGUAAAUUAAACGACGAUCUCAAUAAUUUUUUCGAAACUAUGUAUAUAGAUAAAAGAAAAUUCUCUAUGUAUAUUGUUUAUAUUAUAUAACUACUUAAAAAUAUAAUAUUUCAAACUACAAAGUAAAUAACAAAUAGCUGGCUCGUUGUUAUUGUUAUUAUUUUUUAUUUUCUUUAAAUAUUAACUAUUUGCUUAUAUCAUCGUGUCUCGUCUUUCUCACGCGUUAACAUCACAAAUUAAUAAUAAUAUAUCGCUCAGUGUGAAUAUCAUCGUAUGUUUAAGGAAUUUCCAUGUAUCAUCACUAAUAAUUUUAAUUGUUAGAAAUAAAUUAUUAAUCAAUAUUAAUUAGUUUUACUGUUAUGAGAAUUUAUUUUCUUUCACUUUUUCGAUCCUUAAAAGAUUCUUCAUUUUAUAUCUACACUUAAUACCACAAUUCACUAAUGUAUAAUGUAUUAUUUUCUUUUAAUAGUGCAUGAUCGCAGAAUAUUUCUAUUAUAAUUAAUUAAUACAUAUAAAUAUAUGUACAUUAUAUACGUGUGAUAAAUUUUCUAUUCAAGGCCGCGUAUAAUAAUUAUUGUACUAGCUAGUUAUAGGUAGUUGAUUAGUUAGGUCGUUGAAAUAUAAAAAUAUAUCGUAUAUACUGCAAUAAUAUUAUAUUAAUAAGUUAUAAAAACAGGAUAAUUCAGUUAAUGAAGGUUGUCUAGAUUUCAUUUAAAAAUAUAAAACAAAUAAUAGAUCCUGUUGUUAAAUAUCGACAUAUUUCCUAUUUUAUAUUUUGAACAAAAAAAUUAAAUUUGCCUUUUCUAGAAAUGAUAAACUUUUCAAAAAAUUUAAGUCAUUUUUAAGCUAUUUAUAGACAUUUAAAUUUUGCAAGUUCUUUACAUAAUUUUUAUUAUUUAAUUUUUAGGUAAAUAGUUUUAUUCUGUAAUAAAAUUGUUAGACUUAACAGAAAUGCUGGGAAAUUUAUCAGGAGGUAAUUUUUUGUCAAAAAACAAAUUAAGCUUUCUGUAAUUUUUUUCUUUUAAAAGAAAUUUCAAUAUCAAAUUUUGAUGAAAAUAUUUUGAGUAAAAAAUUAUAUAGAACAAAUCUAAAUUUUUAAUCUUUUAAUCUUUUUUUUUGAACAUAAUAUGUAUAUUGCUUGCCGAUUUAAGAACGAUGGUGAAGUUAGAAUUAUUCGGACUGACCUAAUUUCGAAAUUAUAGCUUUUUAAAGUUCUGGUAUUAUAUGUUAUGUUAAAUAACUCUAUAUUGUCAAAUUUAUAUUAUGUGUGUCGUAGUUUAGUGGUACUACCUACCUUUUGUCAUCCUAGAGAUCGUGAGUUCUAAAAACCAUGUGCCAAAAAAAAUUGUUCGCAUUUGUUUUUUUCAUUUUUACAGGAAAAAAACAAAGGCAUUUCGGGUGUACCUAGUCACCCAAGCUAUUGCUCGCUUGGACUAUUUUAAUCGAAAAAUAUCUCUAGAUUUUUUGUGCAUACAUUUCUACCAGAAAUGUUGCUUCGGUGUAUCAAGUGUUACACCAUUUAUAAAAGGAAAUUGUAUUUACAAGGUACCUUAGAGGGGACAUUUUUUGACUCUCCUAGCAGUUUUCCCAUUAAUUGGGAAAAAUCAGAAAAUGUACGAAAUAUAGGUAUAUAAUCAAAACUAUUUACGGCCUUUUUUUUCUCUGUUAACAACUUUUUUACUAGUAGUUUUGCUCCGAUUUACAUUAAUAGUACUUUUUCUGUUUUAUUUCCCAAAAGAGGGGGUUCCUAUUUAAAAGUCAAAAGUAUGCACUUAUUUAAGGUAUAUAUAGUAGGAGUAAAAAUUAUAAAUGGUUUUAAAAUAAAACUUAAAUAUUUCCCUAAUGAUUAGAAAAAACAGACAUCAAUUAACUUAAGAUUUUCUGAAAUAAUUGCUGGUUCAUGAUAAAAUUAUCACCCUAUUAGCUUCCCAAUGUCUCACCUACAACAGUGCACUAACCACGUGUGAAGUAUAGGUACUUUAUUCUUUUAGUCUUUUUAGUUUUCGUUUGCUAUAAUGUGAAUAAAAUUGUUUUGGCCUAGUUGGAAUGUUUGUAAAUUUUACACCAUAUUCAUCAUUAGUUGUAAUUAGAGGUAAAAAAUAAAUUUGAACUUAAUUUAGCAGUUUUUUAUAAUCUUUUUAUAAUUUUAAAUUUUAUCGAAAAUCUUAAAAAUUACUGCAUUUUAAAACAUAAUAUCACCGAAAUUUGCCCUAGAAUCGUUUUAUAAUUUUUCUUCAAACAUAAUAUUGUAUAAAAGUUUUGUAAAAUUUGGCAUGAAACCGUUGAUACUACUGUACAGUGCAAUACAGCGGGCGUUGCCUGUGACAAUUGUUGAUUAAUUUGAUUUUUUUUUUAAUCGCCUUGUCUCGCUUUACUAUUAGGUACGUUUUCGUUAUUAUUUUAUAUGAUCACACGCUGAUAUUAAGUUAUCUCCGAUAAUCAUGAAUCAAUAAUCAAUAAAGAAAAAAAAAAUACAUGAUUUUCGUAAUUAUAUAAUGUUUAUGAAGUGAAACAUUCGAGUGAAGAAAAUUUAGAAAUCCCCGUGUUGACUGAGCAAAUGUUGUACAGUCAAGCAUGUGUUGACAUUAUACACGCGUACAAAUACGUAUUUGCGUUAUAAAAUAUAUUAGAUACUAUCAAGGAAAAUUCGGAGGUGGCAGGUGGUAAAAUAUGUUUUAAUCAUUUUCACUUUUCAAAUAAAUAAUAACAUUUAAAAGAAAACGGACAUACUUCGCACGAUGGGUGGGUAACUGAUGUAGGUGAGCAGUUGGGUAGGUAAGAUAUAAAGGAGAAUUUAAUGUAUAUUAUCUGUAUACAACAAUUAAUCAUUGCAACGAAAAACGAUUUUGAACGUGUAAAUAAAGAUCAUUACCUAUUCAUACAUUUUGGUAAGUUCUUAUCAAAGAUAAGAUAUACCUAUUUAUAAUAUCUUUAGAGACAAUAAAAAUAAUCAAACUCUGUUUUUUUUUUUUUAUAUUACUCUCUGGGAUAAGGAAUUUAAAUAUUUAUAUUGCAAUUAUUUUUUUAUAUUUUAGUAAAAAAUAAAAAAUAAAAUAACUUUUUAUUUUUCUAUUUUGGAAAAAUUUGAAGAUAGUAAUUUUAUAGAGUUUGUUUUUCUAGAAAUUUUGACGUAUCGAGAUUUUAUUUUUAUUAAAUUCGUAAUUUGUAAUUAUUUGUUUAAGUUCAAAGAAAAGAAGUGUACAGUCAAUUAAUCGUAAUAAUACUAAUCAAUUAGAGAAUGCAAUUACAAUCUGCUACAUAAUUAUUAGUACUUUUAUCUGAGCUUUAAAAAAUUAUUAAAAAUCACGAAUUUUAUGAAAAUAAAACGCUGAUUCAUUAAAAUUUUCAGAAAAAUAAACUAUAUUAAGCUAUUUUUACAUUUUUAAAAAAUAAUAAAAUAAAAAGUUAUAUAUUUUUUUAAGUUUUUUAUGGGAGAAAAAUAUUAAUUUUAAUAUAAAUGUUUGUAGUUUUUAUCCCUGCGAGUCAUAUAAAAAACAGAAUUUGAUUAUCUUUAUUAUCUCCGGGGAUAUUACAUUGUGUAUAUUUGUGUGGUACAUGAACAUUUUUUUAGAAUUAAUAAUCGAAUUUAAUUACAUUUGAAAUAGUUCUCGUUUUAUUAUAUUAUAGAUCGUUGAGAUUUAUAAAUAUAGUAUUAGGGGGUGUGGGUAAACAAAGUCUCUCGCCACUUAUACUGACACAAAAUACUUUUGUGUACCUAUAAUAUUUUGGUGGGAUAUACCAUAGAACUAUUUGUUAAACAGUAAUGUUUAAUAUUCAAACUUUUACAUAAAUAAAGUCAAAAUAUUUUUUUUUGGGACGACUAAUUAAUAAUAUACAAACGACUUUGAUGAAACUUAUCGUGUUUCAUAAACUUUUCAAACAUUCCAUCAUUGCUAUGUAUGCAUAAUAAUACAAUAAAACCUUACGAAAUAAUUUUGUCUAACUGAAAUUCGUGAAGGUGUUUUACAUAAAAACAAAUGAAAUUGAAAUAACUUUAUUGUACCUACUCUAUUACAAAAAUUAUAAUGCCUCCAUUAUUAUACCUGCAUUUUAAAACCGAAUAAUUAACGGGUAAAAUGAUGGCAAAAUUACCUUAACUAAUAACUUGGUAUAUUUAAAUAGUGACGUUAAGAUAUUAAGUAGAGUCUAUAAAAACACAGACCAUUUAAAUGAGGAGAACAUUUUUAAAGUAAUACGUUGCUGUUUUUAUAAAAAUACUACGGCUAUAAAAAAAAGCAAUAAUCAAUAUUGCUAUAACUCUUUUGUUUGACAAUAUUCUGUAAAAAAACAGCUACAUAAAAGCUGCCCUCGAAAAUAUUUUCCUUUUUACAUUUUAUGUUAAAACUCCGAUUUCAAUGUAAACGCCACAUUUUGUGUUGGUAAUUUUGCCUUGCUAUGUCACCUGUUAGAGUUUAACAAUUAGACCGAGAAACAGUAAAUGUGGGAAUAACCUACUAUAGGUGAAAAAAGAAAAUUAUUUCUUAUUCGAAAACAAAAUGAAUACAACGAAAUGGUGACCUAUUAACCUACAAAUUUAGCAGUAUAUUAUGUUGCAGUUGUAUUAUGAGCAAAAUCUAGAAUAAUAAUUUUAAAGUCAUGAAAAUGUAUUUCGAACGAGAUUUUAUUAUAUUAAAAAUCAGCAAUGCAUACUUUUAUGUAGCCAUUGCAUAGGUUUUUUUUUUUGAGGAGUACGUACUAUAAUUAUUAGCUAUGGCCUCAAAACGUGAUUUGAGUGGCUAUUGAUAUAAAUUUAAAACAAAACUUAUUUCAUCAUGAAUUUUACCGACUGACCAUAUUAGAUAUUUUUACUCGUUUGUUUGUAGUGGUGGACCGUCGCGUUAGAUUCAAUUUUAUAACAUUCAAACCAACCUGUUCUUUGAGUAGUAGAUAGUUGUAUGAAUAGCAGUAGUAGUAGUAGUCCUACUUACUAAAAUAUGAGAUAAGUGGGUCACCACGACACUAUUAACUAUUCGUGAUGCGCGUUCUGUUGAAGGCAAAAAAUAAAACGUAAUGUGGAUACAAAAACUUCCUCCAACGUUGAUAUUUUCUUGUCUCAAACAACACAAUAAUAAUAAUAAAUAUUAUAAUCUCCCAGGGCUGUUUUUUUUUAGUGAAUAUCUACUGCAUGUUCACUCCUUCUGCCUUAAAAAAUAUCCACUAGCAGAUUGACAAAAUCUUCUUCUUAAAUUUGGGAGUUACAUCAACCCCAAACCAUUAGAAACCUUUCUGUUCCCCUGUAUUUUUACGGAUUAAGCCGAGUUUAGUCAACGAAUCGGCUAUACGCUGUGACACCGCUGGAGCGACACGUUCAAACAUUUCGGAGUCAUGAAUUCUAGGUCAAUUCUCCAAACAUUUGAUAUCGCAUUCCUAGUAAUAUUUUGUUACAAAAUCGACUUAUUUUAUCAUUGACCAUUGAUUAUAUAGUGGACUUAUGUACAGAAAACAAAAUCUCCCUCUAAAUGGGUGUCCAAUGGACUCGAAAAAUCUCCUUCAAAAAUGCCUUCCAAAAAUAAUCUUAUAUCUUUUAUACGUAAUUACAUAGUUUAUAAUAAUUAUUUACCUACAUCGACAUUUCUCUACACAUAUAAUCCAGUGAUGGAUCCAAGACAAAAUAAUAGGGGGGGGCGAUCAUCAACAUCACCCCCACUGGAUCCACUAAUGACUUGAAUCCAAAUUUGCGUAGUGAAAUAUUAUUUUUUUAACGGAUCACUAUCACUGCUACUAAAAUGUUAUAUAGACAAUAUAAAAUAUGUUGCUUAUUUUAUCGUUUAUAUUUUAUUAUUAUUGAUAAAAAAUAUCGUAUAUUAUACUAAAGUGCUAAGUAAUAAUUGUUUUGUAAUACUAUGUAUACUACACUUAUCUAUAAGAAUAAAACUUUUUUUUUAUUAUUAGUACACCUAUGUAUUUUAUUAUGAGAAUCGCCUGUUAUUAUGAACAAAAAAGUAUAGAAAUAAUUUAUAUCUAUAGAUUGUAUGGGUCCACUAUAAUAUAACAUAGAGUUGGCAAACACGGUAUUUUAGCGGAAUGUUGUAAGUCCCAUAAAAUUUGUAUCUGUAUGUAUUUUUGCCAUUAUCGCUUUUAUAUUUAUUAUUUACAAAUGGCAAACAUAUUAUUAUAGAUAGACUGACUAUCGUGUAAAUAUAUUCCAUUUUAUUACGUUAAGAGGACAUCGUCGACGCUUUUUAACAUAAAAGCUUUGCGUAGAAAAAAUAUAAAUUUGUCCGGGAUAUAAUAUCCAUUUAGUAAAAAAUAUCGAUUUUAUAAAAGUUACAGUUAUUUAUUUUGUUUUAACAUAAUUUUAAAUAAAACAAAUUAGUAUUAUUAUGAAAUAUGAAUGCGUUUAGGUAUAAAAUAUAAUAUAUAACAUUUUUAAAUUAAUCUUUUCUGUUUCGCAUGAAUACUUUUUUGAUCAAAUGUCUUGAUAACACUGCAAUAAUGACAAAAAAGAAAAGAGAUAUAUUCAUAAAUAUUAAAAAGACUGGUAUAUUUUGCACGAUGGGUGGGGAACACUCUUGUAGGCGGGGAGUUAGGAAGAUAGAGGGUAAAUUUAUGUAUAUUUUUUUUCCUGGCUGUCUAACUAGUUGCAUUCAAUCAUGUGGAUGAAAUAUUACAUUCUUAUUUGUUUUUUUUUUUCAAUUACUGCAUGAUCGAAGCCACACUCUAUAAAAAUCAAAAAAUAAACUCCUUAAAUAAAGUACCACUCCAGUCCGAUUUCCUUUUAGAAAAAGUGCUAUAGUUGGAAAUCCAAGCAAAAUUGCUGGUAGAAAAUUUGACCAUAGUAAAAACAAAUAAAUAUCAUUGUAAAACCAAUACAUUUCUUUCUCCACAUAGAAUCUAAAAGUAUAACUUCAUUUAACUUGGUAAAUAACCCAUUCAAUUAAUAAAAUAAAAGAAUAUUUUAUCCUAAAAAAAGUUUUAAAUCUUCUAUAAAAGUCUCUAUACCUUCACACUAUACAUUUUUAUAUAGUGUCCCACGAAAAUAUGCCCAUUGUAAUAUCUCCAGAAAUAAUAAAGAUAAUCAAAGUCUGUUUUUUUUUUUAAUUACUCACAGAUAAAAGGACUACAAAUAUUUAUAUUUGAAUUGUUGACGUUUCAACAUUUUAUUUUUAUUAAAUUCGUGAUUUAUUUUUAUAAUUUUUUAAGUUCAAAGAAAAAAGCGUGCAAUCAAUUACCCAACAAAAAAUAAAAUGUUGAAACGUCUAUGAGUACAGAACAAAUUUCUAUCUUAUGUUGUCUUCGAAUUAAAAAUUGAACAUCCCAUCCAUGAUUACUCACUUAUUUUCUCCACUCUUGAAAUCCCUAUUUAAGCCUCUCGUCGCGCUGGAGCUGACUUUUAUUUCAUCUCUUUACUUCUUGGGGAUCUCUUGAUUCUCCCUAUUUGCUCACUUCUAUAUCAUUCCGUGUUCUUACCCACUAUACUAGAAACCAUUCCCUUUUUCAAUUAUCAUACCAUCGUACCCCUUAUGGGUUCAAUCAUCCACUGCACAGAAUGUUACGUAGUCUUAAUUCAGCUUAGUCUCAGUCGAUUUUUCGUCAAUCAAUGUUUUAGCAUAUAAUAUUAUGUAAUUUUAUACUGAUUUUUUUUUUGCUUAUGUUAUGUACUGUAUUUAAACUAAUGUCUGUUGUGCCUUAAAUAAAUAAAUAACAAUGUCUAAUAAUAAUAAUAACAUUUUAAGAAGAAUAAACUCCAUAAAAUGGCUAUAUAUUCACAUUUUUAGAAAAUAAUAAAAUACAAAGUAAGUUUUUAAAUUUGUUUACCAAAAUAUACAAAUUUUAUUUAAAUAUAAAUGUUUGGGCUAUAUUAUGUUGUCCGUAUUCCUAUAAGUAACAUAUAAAACAAAAAAGCAGAAUUUGAAUAUCUUUAUUGUCUCAGGAGAUAUGGCAAUGAGUUCUUAGGACACUUUGUAUAUACUUACGUCUGCUAUUACGUUUGUCUAUGAGUCUAAAACGCAUAAAAACUGUUUCAUUUUAUCUCAAUAAAUUUUCAAGUUUGUAAUUUUUAGUAUAUACAACUCAGAUGAACCGUAAAAAAUGUAACCCGACCGAUUAAAUGACUGGAAAUAAAAAUAAGGCAAAUCGAAUUAAUUUAAAUUAAUUAUUGACAAAUGUUCGAAAUAUUAUAGUUACAUUUGUUUAUGUUCACGUUAUAGAUUAUUAUUGCAAUAUUUACCACAACGCCGUAACCGAAAAAAGAAAUACUUAAUAGUAAUUAAAAUAGUAGCAUUAUUAUACAUUUUCCAAAGAAUACUCCUUUUUCAGUAUUUCUGUUUGUAUAAAAAACCCAUGAACAACUAUUUUCUUUAUUAUCCUUUAUUUAUAGACAGAACUUCUUAGGUUACGAAGUACCUAUAGGUUAUUAAAAAAAAAUAUAUAUAUACCAUAAACACGUGUUAAAAUUAUAUUUUACAUAAUUUUUAAUAUUUUCAUGUACAUACAACAACAUAUGAAAUACACGUUUUCCAGUUUUUCUUUUGUUUAUCGUUUUCAAUUUGGUUAUGAUUAUAUUGAUUAAUUAUUAAUGUAUCGAAAAAAUAUAAUAUUUUUAUUGUUUUACAAAGAUAUUUCUUUUUAUCUGCGGACAACUUUUCUACCAGCAAUUUUGCUCCAAUUGCUAUAAUGAUAGCACUUUUUUCAAAAGAAAAUUUGACUGGAGAGGUACUAUAGUGAGGUAAUUUUUCGAUUUUCCGAGGCGUUUACUCAACAAAUGUAAAAAACCGGGAUAAAACAUGGAAAACCCGGAAAAAACAUAAGAAAGCUAGGAAAAUCGGAACAACAUUAAACAAAUAUUAUUAAAGAAAAUAUUUAAUACCUAUUUAAUUAUUUUUUUUUUACUAUAAAAUGACAUAUAUAUUGUUGAAAAAGCAUUACUAUCAACUGAACUCCGCUCAGAAUCGUCUUUCGUAAGCAAUGUUUUAUCGUUGCUUACAGGUAUAUAUUAAAUUAUCUACAGUGGCUGCACACGUCCCCGUUAUUCUAGGACGUUUUUUUAUUUUUUAUUCAUCGUUUGAUAAAUAAACAUAAUAAUCAAUAUAAGGCAAUGCAUUCAUUACCUCGGAAAGUAUAAGCUAAUUUUUUUAAAAAAUUAAGUAGUUUUAAUGAGUGGCUUGCGUUUUACAUAUUAUUCUCUUCUCCUUGCAUAAAAUAAUAAAAACGAUGGUAAUGUUUUCGUAUUUUGUUUUCCUUUCAGUGCGCUAUUUCGGUAUUAUUACUUUUUACACACCGCUAAGAGAUUCGCUAAGAAAAACUGGACCGUCGCCGAUAUAUUCAAAAACACAGUCGUCAAGAAUACACCACACAAAGUGAUAUAUAUAUUCGAAGACAAAGAAUGGACUGCUCUACAAGUACGUAAAAUAUUUCUCUUAUACUAUAAUAAUAGUUGAAUAGUAUAGUAGAGUAGUGGUAAAAACGUUUUAAUGAUUUCGAAAAUUUCUUUCAUCCAGGAAGUAAAAAUGUUUUGAAGAAAGACUGACAUAUUUCUCACAAUGGGUGGUCCACUUUUGUAGGUGGGUAGUUAGGAUAUAGAAGAGAAUUUAAUGUAUCUCUAAACAACUAUUAACCAUUACGAACAAAAAACAAUUUUGAGCGGAGUUUUGUUAUAUAUAUUUUGAAAGGCCGUAAUAUUUACGAUUUUCGUCAAAAUUUGUUAAGUACUAAAUAAAAAAAAAUUCUACAUUACACUCAAUUUGUUUUUUCAUAAUAUACGACUUAUAAUAAAGUUCCUGUUAAAUUUUCAAACAUUGCUGUUUGAUCUAACAACUUUAUCCACAGAGUACUUUUCUGAAAAAUAAUUUUGUUUUGUUGGCGCAAUAGAAAUGUUAUUUUUUUGUUUUUCCAAAGAGCUUUCAAAAUAAUCGGGGAAAACCGGAAACGAAAUUAUAAGUAAAACAGCAAAUAUUUACGGUGCAUCACGACGUUAACGAUUUCAUUAUUUUUAAUUUUUGCAAACUGUUUUCUACUAAAAAUAUUUCUGAAAUUGACAAGAGAUAGAUUUUGUUUCAUUAAUAUCUAGCCACUUGUAAAGAAAUUUAUUUUUUGUUACCUAAAGUAGUUUUCAUAAUAAUUGAGAAAAACUAAAAGAGACGAAAAUAUAAUUUUUUUUUUAAAUUAAGACACUACGAUUUCAUUAUAUAAAUAAAUCUUUAUCCAAAUUUCAAGAAUAUUUUUAUAUUUAAGAUAAUUUUAUCUAUUUAAAAAAUGAAAACGAAAACCGACAUUUUCUUACGCGUUUUUACUCCCUGAUUUUAUCUCAAGUUAAUGUAUUACGGUUGUAAAAUGUUAAAAAAUGAAAUAAAAUAUAGAUUUUUAUAUUUUACUCAAUAUUUGAUUUCUGUGACGUUAAUAUUUUUAACUUAAUUAUAUGUUCUAUUAUAGUACCGGCUGCAAUAAAUAAUUUAGGCUAUUUUUGUAAUACUCUAAUUGUUCUAUAAUUAAAAACAUAUUUUUUAAGUUUUAUUCUGAUUUAUACAAAAUAUGAUUAUACCUAUACAUACAUUUAAGUAAAAAUAAAAUGCUCAAAAAUAUACGAGUAAAUCGUAAAAAUGAAAUUGUUUGAAACAUUGUAUAGAACCUUUUUUAGAUUUGGAGCGUAGCAAAGAAUCUAUUGGUUUUACUUUGACGUGUAUAUGAUUUUUUUGUGUCUGUGAGCAACUUUUUGAAAAUAAAUCUUGCUACAAUGCAGGGGUGUCUCCAGACCUUGACUAUAAAGAGAGAGAGGAGGGCGAAACAAUUAAAUUUAAUAUUAAUGAUUGGUAAGAAAAAAAGACAGACAUACAUCGCAUAAUGGAUGGACCACUGUUAUAGUUGAGUACUUGGAAAGAUAGGAUAUAGAAAAAAAUUUAAUGCAUAUCUGUAAGUAAAGAUUGCUAAAAAAACGAUUCUGAGCAGAGUUCGGUUAAUAGUAUUGCUCUUUCAACAAUAUGCAUGUCAUAUUCUAUUGAAAGCUUGAGAGCUUGAUGUCGUAGAGUACUUUGACAAACUCCUUCAGAUUGAUUUAUAUAUUGACAACGAGGACUUGCUGUCUGAUUUAGUGGAUUAUUUUGAAAAAACAUGAAUUAGUAAACCCCCACAAACCGUUAUUAGAUGAAUGUCUCCUAUAUACAAGCUUAGUCUUUGAAACUGCUAUGAAUCAACUCUUAUUGACCUUCCCAAAAUUAACUAAUACCAUUAGGCUAUUAGAGUUCCUUUUUUUUGUUAAAUAAAUUUUACAGAAUAACUACAUAUAUACUCAUAAUACGAGUAUACAUUAUACAACUAAAAUUAAUUUAUUAUUUUCAAUUUUACUGAUUGGAAAAUGAAAUAAUUUUUCUAACAACGAAAUUCUCAUUAUUUUAUCAUCACUAUAUCCGCCCAUGCAUUAUCUUAAUUCCCCCCUGAUUGAGAACUACUGAUCUAUAUAAUAUUUCCUUUCAGAAAUGGUGCCACACGUAGGAGCAAGAUUUCUGGUAGAAAUUGUUGUCAAAGUGAAAAAAAAAAAAAUAAACAUCUUUGUAUAACCAAUACAUUCUUCGCUACAUUCAGAAUCUAAAAGAUUAUAUCAAAUAAUAUAUUAAUUAUAUCUAUAAUAUCUACUUCUGGACCAAUGACUAUGCGCUAAAUUCCACUGUAAGUUCACUUCACUCGAGGGAGGCAACGCCCCCCCCCCAUAAGAAUGCCUUUUCUCCGGUGUAUAGAGUUUAGUACUUUUUUUGAAAGGAAAUUUUGUCAAGUUGUUUCAUUAAAGAGGUGAUUUUUUUAAUUUUUGGAAAAAAAAAACCUUUGGCCACCUUUCAAAACAUGUGUAACCGAAGGUCGCUCUGAAUCCUCUUUCAUUGGCAAUGAUUUAUUGUUGGUUACAGAUAUAAAUUAAAUAACCCAUCCUUAGUAUUAGUUCUUUUUUUUUAAAUUGUACUGGUUUUAUUAGUAGUACGAUUUAGUUGUAUUUAAUAUUGCCUCUAUAAUAAUUUUGUUAAUUUGAUUUAAAUUCUGUGUUGAAACAGGUGGAGGAAUACAGUAACAAAGUGGCCAACGCCAUGUUGGAUAGCGGUUACAAGAAAGGAGAUGUUAUCGGCCUAUUGAUGGAAAACCGACCAGAGUUUGUGGGCAUUUGGUUGGGCAUGUCCAAAGUGGGUAUCGUAACCGCACUGAUCAAUUACAACCUAAAGUCAUCGUCGCUAGUGCACUCUGUCAACGUAGCUAGCUGUAACGGUUUGAUUUACGGUUCCGAACUGUCUCAAGGUCCGUAUUCAAUAUUCAUUCAUAGCAAUAAUUAGGGUAUGGCAUUUUAGAUACUGAGUACAGCAAGGAACGUUAAUACGUUCCUCGCUCAGAGUUUUUUCAGGUUACAUAAAACACUUAUUAUCAAGGAAAAUUUUAAUGUUUUUCAAUUUUUUUUUUUUUAAAUUUAAGAUACUAACAGCUCUAAAAUGUUCCAUUACUAUUAUUUUCGUAACCUUUAUUUGUGGUCAAACGACUAUCUACUUUUGAUUUUCAAAUGGCAACCUAUAUUAACAAUUCAAUAAAUAGAUUGAGAAUUUGUGAAUGUACAUUUUGGUGCUGAAAUGUUUGAUUUCCGUCAAAUCAUUGACGAGAUAUUUUACUUGUUACGUUUGGGAAGGGGAAGAGUAGUAGAACAUUAUUAAAAUGCCACGUACCAUCCCACCACAUAAAUGAUGCUCCACUUUUUCCAAAACAAAAAUGUCGUAACUGUAUUAAUACUAUGUUCAGGACCGUAUUUAUGAUUUUGACACCCAUGGACAACAAUAUUUUGAUGUCCCCGUUUUUGCUUAUGAUUAAUUUUAUAACUACUUAAGUAGUAAUACUAAUUAAAGGGAUUUGUGGUAUCUAAUUUAGUAUUUAGAUAAAAAAAAUCAUUUUAAAGUUUUAAAAAAGACGGACAUACUUCGCAUGUUGGUGCAGCCACUGUUGUAGGUGGGAAGCUGGGAUUAUAGAAUACAGACGGGAAUUUAAUGUAUAUCUGUUAGCAACGAUAAACCAUUGCUUACUAAAACGAUUCGGAGUGGAGUUCAAUUUAUAUUGAUGCUCUAUCAUAGACAGAGGCCAACAAUAUGUAUGUUAUAUUAUGGUGAAAUAAUUAAAUAGGUAUUAUUAUGUAUUUUCUUUAAUAAUAUUUGUUUAAUAAAUAAAAUGUAUAAAUUAUUCAUAUAAUUUAUAAUUUUGUAAUCGCCAUGAAAAUUGAAUGACUCCUAACAUAUAACAGGGGGGCUAUCGCCCCCCUCCCCCCGAACCGGCCCUUAAAUACGGCCCAAACUAUGUUUUAUAUUAUAUAAUUUGAACUUUGUAUUAAUAUAGGUCUGUCAGCAAUCUAGAAAAAAAAAUAUAUAUUUGCAACAAAUUACUAUUUUCAGACAUCGACGAGAUCAAAAGUCAGCUAAAAAACGACGUCAAACUGUUGAAAUGGUCGAGCGUUCUGGCCACCACUAACGACGGAAGCGACAGCACUUGCUUGAACAGCUUGUUGGACAAAGCGUCGCCAUCGACACCCAAUCCGCCCGAGAAACCCGGUUAUAAUGACCGAUUGAUGUACAUUUAUACGUCUGGUACGACGGGCAUGCCGAAAGCCGCCAUCAUUACAAACGUCAGGUUUGUUUCAAUUCGGUUAGGACAUUUUUUCGUGUGCGAUGUUUACAUAUAAUACGUAUGAUAAAGUUUUGACCACUUCGUUGAUGUCAUUCAUCGAUACGGCCGAAAACCUUGUAACCAGCGCAAAGUCUGAUUAAUGGGUUCUCCGCCAGUAAGCUAUAGGCUGGGACAGUGGGACACGGUCACCAUACUUUAAGAGAGCAUUUCUUUCUCCGAUGAUCUUUGUUUUUCUUCUUUUAUUUUUGCUCAUUACCAAAUUUUCGUUACCGGACCUCCCUAUAAAUCAGAUGAAAAAACCCAAUUGUACAUUGGCCGAUUGGUACCCUAAGCUGCUGCCUAUUGAUUAAUCAGACUCUGAGUCAGUAAUAUAAUUGGGCAAAGGUAUAGGUGAUAUGCCAACGACAUUGUGCAUCGUAUCGUAUUCUUAUUGGCCGUUUAUAAUCUUGGCAACAUUUAGUAACCAUCAUGACCUACUGAGAAAUCGUCAUCGUUUCUUUCAAUUGGGUUACAACGAUCAGUUGAUUUGUUUGUAUUAUUGGCGACAUCGUAUCUUGUGUAGUUUCCACAGAUAUAUAAAUAUGCUGAUAAAAAAUAAAAAUGGAAAUCAGCUUAACGCUGGAAAUUUCCCAGUUGGCCUUGAUUAUUUAAUAUUUACAAGAUUACAUUGACUUAUUGAAAUACGACACUAUACGUGUCUCUAGAAUGCCGCUUUUAAAAGAUUUAAGUUAACGCACGUUUAAACCUUGCUGAACUUCAUUAGUUGGCAUCCAAGUGAAGCCUAAAAUGUUGAUAAUUUCUCGGAUACCUUAUAUAAGGUACCUGACAUCUAUAACUCAUAAAGAUAUUAAAGUCUUACAAUAAAGAAUAUUAUUGGCAUUUUAUAAAAAAAACCAAAAGAAGAUAUAUCUACUUUUUAGUUUUUACUGUGCAUUGGAUUCAUUUUUUUCAACUUUUUCAUAAGACUAAUGUAGAAAUAUUGAACAAUUAAAUCAAUAUUUUAUUAACUCAUGAAUAUAUUUAUUCAUAAAUUCAAACAUUAAUUAUUUCGUAGAGCAGUGUUUCUCAAACUAUGGUACGCGUACCCCUUGGGGGUACUCAACAUUUUUUAAGGGUACAAGUCUGACCAACAAACCUUUAAAUUAAAAUAGGGAAAAAAUUCUAAAAUCCAUGGUAACAUUUGUGAAUUUUAAAUUAAAACGAUGCCGUAUGGCGUAUCUAACCGUUUCAUUCGUCAUUGAUUGAGUAAGAGCGGCUAUCGUUAUACCAAGUAGUGUAGGAGACAGUAAUAUACAGUAAUAUACGGAUAUAAAAUCUUGCGUCGUUAUCGCGAACGACACGCGUGCGUGUGCGUAAUUUGCUUAUCGCGAUUAACGAUUUUAUUAGCGAUUAACUGGUACGUGUAUGCGGACGCACACAAAUAAAAAUAAGACAUCUACUUGUCAAUAUAACACGGGUUAUCCCCGGAUACGGGAAUGCCCAAACCAACGCAGUUUCUUCUGCGGCGGUGAAAUAUCGGCAUAAGCCGUAUCACUACAGUAGAAGGUAUUGCUUGUUAUUACAAGCUCGCUCACAGUAUUGUGUUGCGUGUUGUUUUGUGCUGUUAUGCGGAUACUCAAUCAUAUUCAAACAAUUGUUCAGGCCUGUUGACUCCGUUUAUAGUGAGUACAAUACUUAAAUAUAAUUUAUAAUAAAAAUGUGCAAUGAAUAAAUGGUCCAUAAUUAAAAGGUCUCGUGAGGAUGAUGAUCGAAAUCCUGGAUCAUCAACUUCAUAUUUAAUAACUUAAUCUUAAUAAAAUAAUAAUGUAUGUAAGUUUUUGAAUUUUUUUUUUAUAUAUAUUAGUUUAGUAACUAAGAAGGGAUACCCAAAAAAAUAUAUUGAUAAAAAGGGGUACAGUGUUUAUAAAGUUAGAGAAUCCCUGUCAUAGGGAAUGUUUGAAAAACAAAACUACUGCAUUUUAUUGUAAUAUUAUUCCUAAUAACUAGGAAACCGAAUUGAAAAAAGUCCCUCGAGUCUCAGGGAUAGUAUAGUCUCUUAUUUUAAUAAAUCGUAUAACUAUUACUUUUUUUUCAAAAGGAGAUAUUAAAUACUGAAUUUUACUCUAUAAUGUAUUUAAAUGACGGUCAUUCUAAUUGUAUGCAUUUUAUCCAGGUACAUUUUCAUCGCCGGUGCUUUCUCGUACCAGGUGGCCCUCAAGUACACUGAUCGCUUUUAUACACCCAUGCCGUUGUACCACACCGCUGCUGGCAUAAUGUGUAUCGGUCAAUCGCUGUUAUACGGUUGCUCCGUCGUCAUCCGGAGAAAGUUUUCUGCUUCUGGUUACUUCCAAGACAUUUCUAAGUAUAAUUGCACCGUAAGUCUGUGCCCUACGAGUACUAAUUUACAAUAUUGUAUUAAAUAUUGACAUUAUCUUAUGAAUGCAAAAAAACUUUUUGUCUAUUAUUUUAAAUCUCUGUUAGCAAGCUACCUAUAAAAAGUAACACUUUAUUUCCUGAUUGAUAUUUUGAAAAAAAGCGAAUUCGAUUUCUAGCUGUUCUGUAUAUUUUAAAUUCUAAGUGGAGUGAGAAAUGUAUUGGUUUUACAAUGUUUUUUAUUUUAUUAUUUUUAGAUUCUGAGCGAAGAAGCUUAUAGUUUUACUAAGAUGUUUAUUUUUUUUUUUUCUAAUCUGUGGACACGUUUUUGCCCACAAAACUUGUUCAUAUUUUUAUAUGUAGCAACUUUUCUGAAAUAAAAGCAUUUAAGUGGAAAAAAAAAGUGGGAAAACUUACAAUUUCAUGAUUUCAUUAUUUUUUAAAAACGUGGACGACGUUUUCUAUCAGAAAAAAUGAUUUAAUCAAAAAAUUACAAGAUACCUUUUUUGUUGCCUUUUGAUUUACUUUCCUAUGGUAUCAUCGCCAAAACUCUUGAGCUUUUAAGGAAUUUUAAUUUUUGGGAGUUUUUUGCUGUAAUUCGAUUAUAAAUACACGUUGAGACUUGAAAUUGGUAAUAAUACUUAUACUGGACUUACCUAAACUUGGUCAAGCAAUGGUUUAUCGUUACUUACAGAUAUAAAUGAAAUUAUCUUAUGUAUCCUACUUUACCAAAUUCUCACCUACAUUAGUGGCUGCAGUGUUGCCCCAUUAUCCUAGGACAAUUUUCAAAUAUUUUAAUUUUUUUGUUUUUGUGUUUGUUUUGAUUGGUUAAAAAUAUUUUUGUAACUUGAAAUUUUGACAGAAAACUUAUAUUUAUCUUUUCUAGACGUGGUGAAAUGUUCAAAACAUUUUAGCCAUUUUUGAACUAUUUAUAAACAUUUUAGUUUUACGGGGUUUUGUUUUACUUAUUUUUUGUUCGGUAGGUAUUCUGUGGAUAAAAUUGUUAAACCAAACAGAAAUGUUAUUUUCCCGUUUUUCCUGGUUUAUUAUGAUUUUUCCCAGUUUUUCUCAUUUAUUGAGAAAACUUUUGGGAAACUCAAUGACCUCCUUAUAGUAUCUCCCCAGUCAAAUUUCCUUUUAAAGAAAAUACUACACAUUUAAAUCGAAGCAAGAAUUUUGGUAGAAAAGUUAUCCACGGGGAAAAAAAAUAAUCAUAUUUUAGACCAUAAGCUUCUGUGCUCCACUCAAAAUCUAAAAUUGAAUGUAAUAUAGAAUUUUUUUUUCAUAAGAAUUUUAAUAUCAAAGUUUGAAAGCAACACGAUUAACCGAAUUCUGCUCAGAACCCUUUGGCUAAUAAUCGUUUAUUAAAAUAAAUAAAAUAAAAAUAAAAUAAAUAAAUGAAUCAAUGCAUUUCAACGUUUUAUAUUUUGGUUGUGAUGUACCUGAUGAUGAAUUUUUAAUUUGAAACCAGUAGUAAAUACACUUAUCAUAAUACUCCAGACCAUAAUACUCCAUUGAUUCAUUAUUUUUAUUUUAUUUUUAUACAUACAUUUUUUACAUUUUACUUUAUUUAUUUACGAGUAUUAACCAUUUUAAUAAUUUUGUUUUUACUUUUUUUAUUUUAUUAUUUAUCUUUUAUCAUUGUGUACAUACAUAAAUUAAAUUCCCCUAUAUAUCCUAUGCCUUCUCAACUUUUCACUUACAACAGUGUCCCACCUAUUAUAUGAAAUAUCUGUCUUUUUACUUUAAUUUCUAAAUUCGUUUAAAAAAAAUUGUUUAAGAGAUAUAAUUUGAUAAUAUUCCGCUAAUAAACUGUGUCAUGUGAUUAUAACCCUUAUAUCAUGGUUUUAAAACACAUUCAGUAUACUGUUUAUUUUAUCUUCAAUGAAAUAAUUAAUUUAUAAUGUUUGUCGAUGUAUCUGCCUGACAUAUCUGCUGAGUUUCUGUAAUUAUAUUAUUAUUUUAUAUCAGGCUAGUCAAUACAUCGGUGAAAUGUGUCGAUACAUAUUAGCUACGCCCACCAAACCCGAAGACACGAAUCACAAAUUAAGAAUAAUAUUCGGCAAUGGUCUCAAAACUCAGAUAUGGAAGGAAUUUGUGACCAGAUUCAACGUGCCGCGAGUGGCUGAAUUCUAUGGUUCCACCGAGGGAAACGCUAACAUUGGUAAAAUUAAUUUUUUACUGAUUAUCAUUAUUUGUGGGAUGCAAGAAUACGCAAAUGUAUCCCAUGAAUUUCUUUUAACACACUUAGGGUACAAAGUUGUAGACAAUUUCACAGAAUAUUUAGUAUAAUACCAUAAUUUUAUAAUUUUACAAAUAAUUACUUGGUGGUUUUAUAACAAUAUUUUAGCGAUUAAUCACUUAGUAGAUACUUACCUAUAUAAUAUUAAACUAAAAUUCUAUAAUAUGGAUUAUUUAGCGCCGAUUUCGUUAUUGCCUACUUUUUGUAUCAAUUAUAAUUUGAAUAGCAUCAGAAGACUUAAAUACAGUUAUAGAUAAUAGAAUAUUGAUAAAUGCCAAAUGAUAACAAAGGUAUAGGAAUAUGUUUUAUUCCUAUAUAUAAAAAAAAACUCCGUUUAUUACAGUUUGUUCAAUGCAAUUAAUAUUUAUUAAUAUUUAUUGUGUAUUAAUAUUAAUGAGUGUCAUCCUACUACUGGUUAAAAUUUUCAAUAUUGGUUUUGAAUUUCAUCCAAAAAUGUGAAAUGAUUUGAUGUGCAUAAAAUAUUGGACCAGUUUACUGGUAUUAUAUCAUAUUUUUAAACUUGGCCGAAACAUUCUAAUCAUAUAAUUUGUAUCUAUUGUAUCUACAUGAAAAUUAAUUUUUGAAUUUCUGUUCACAGCCAAUACGGACAACACUUUUGGCGCCAUUGGAUUCGUUUCCAGACUUAUACCUAGCAUAUACCCGAUAUCGAUCAUACGUGUUAACCCGGAAACCUGCGAACCUAUCCGAAACGAGCAAGGACUAUGCAUGCGAUGCAAUGCAGGUACCUACCUAAAUGCAGUAAAUUAUUCUGACAGAAUAAUAUUACAUUUUUCUGCACUCAUUGAAUACAUUUAUAAAACUAAUAACUAUGAAAUAAUAAUUUUUAGGUGAACCUGGUGUGAUUGUAGGCAAGAUAAUUUCAUCAAACCCAUCCAGACAGUUUUUAGGCUACAUCAACAACAAGGAAUCUGAAAAAAAAGUUGUGCAAGAUGUGUUUGAAAAAGGAGAUGCUGCUUUUUUGUCGGGUGACCUACUGGUGUCUGAUGAAUGGGGCUACCUAUACUUCAAAGAUAGAACUGGAGACACAUUUAGGUGACUGUUAUUCUCAAAAUAUUAUUAUUAAUACACAGCAAUAUCACUCUUUCUAAUAAUUAUUGCUGGUUUAAAAAAAAGCUUAUUUUAUUUUAACCAGUCAAAACUUAAAGUAAUAUAAUAUUGAUGAACCCAUAAUUCAAUUCUUAUUACCAUAAUUCAUAGUGGUAUUAUCAUUUAUGUCAGACACAUACAUCACUUUUUAUAUAUAAAUAGGUAUUUAUUUGUAUUAUAGAGAUGACAUUUUUCAUGUGUCUGCAAACAAUUUUUUGAGAAGACAUCUUGCUGUAAUAUAUCAAGUGUAGCACCUUUUUCUGAAAGGAAAUUGUAUCUAAUUGGUGCGUUGAAGAGAUCAGUUUUGAUUUUUCAAGUAGUUUACAUUAUAAUUAAGAAAAUCUGGAAAAGAUAAAAAAUAAAAAGUGAUAUUUUAGUACAUUACGGUUCCUUUGUUUUAAAUUUUUAUAACUUAUGUUUUCUAUCAAAAAUAUUGCUCUAAUAGAAAAAUAUUCAGACACUUUUAUUAUUGAAUUUUUAAUCUAUUUGGUAAUAAAGAAAGUGGUUUUUUGAUUUUCCUUGUAUUUUUUUAAAAAGUUGAUUAAAAUCGAAUAAAAAACACUGGAAGAACAUUAAAAAUAUUUAUAGAUUUGAAAUUUUGAAUGAUAAAAACUUAUAUUUGCUUUUUCUGAACAUGGUUAAAUUUUCAAAAACUGUAAGCCAUUUUUGAGCUAUUUAUUGAUAUUUUAAUUUUGAAAGUUUUUACAUAAUUUAGUAGUUUUCUUUGUGGAGAAAAUUGUCAAACUAAACAAAAAUGCUUAAAAAUUUAGUAGGAGGUACAUAUCGUAUUUAGUGGUAAAAAAAAUUCAGUGUAAUGUACAUUAUACAUAGCAAUUUGGUUAAAUAUAAUACUUAAUUAUAAGAUGGAAAUUUGUUUUUAUUGAUUUACUUAAUUUGAUUUAUUGACAAUUUUUCAUAAAAUGUGUUACAGAUGGAAAGGUGAAAACGUUUCUACUGCUGAAGUUGAAGGUGUUGUUAGUAAUAUUGCUGGUUAUCGUGAUUGUGUUGUCUAUGGAGUAGAGGUAAUUCAUCCUAUAUAUAUGUAUUUAUUUUUUUAACUAUAAUAAAUUGAAUCCAGGUACCCAAUUCUGAGGGUCGUGCGGGUAUGGCUGCCAUUGUAGACAAGACUAAUACUUUAGAUAUACCCUCUCUAUCAGAAGGCAUACAAAAAGCUCUGCCGAAUUACGCCAGGCCAUUAUUUAUUAGAAAACUCAAUGAAGUUGAAUUAACUGGUAAAUAAUAUUAUUAUUACAACCAGAACCUAACUUAAAAAUGUAUACUUAUGGUAUGUGUCAUUGUUAUAGGUACAUAUAAAUUGAAAAAGUUGGAUUUACAAAAAGAAGGAUUUGACAUGGGAUUGAUCAAAGAUCAACUAUAUUACUGUAAUAGUAAGGGCGUCUAUGAAGUGUUAACUCCUGAAGUGUUCAAAGACAUCUACGCUGGAAAAAUUAGACUGUAAACUAAAAAGAAGUCAACUAUUUAAUAUAAACAUCCCUUUUUUUCUCAUAUGAUGUUAAUCUUGCCAUUGACACUUUCUAUUCUAAUUGUGGGUAUAAAAUUGUUUAUUUCAAAUAAUUCCUAGAAAAAUUCUUUGUACAUGAAUUUUUAAUUGAGUUUUGCUAUCCAUACGUUUAUUUUUUAAUUCUAUUAGAUACCUACUUAAAAUAUUAAAAUACUUUCUUCUUUUUUUUUUUUUUUGUGACUUCUUUGUAAAUAUACUUUAAAGUUAAAUUAUUAUUUAUAUGCAUUAGAGUUGCUUUCAUGAAAUUACUUAAUCUCUUAGAAAAAAUAGCAUUUUAUACAAAUUCAAUAUUCAAUGUGUGUCAUAGUAUUUUGUUGGUACAACAUCUACAUUCAUAGUUAUUAUUCAGUUGAAUAUUUCUUACAGAAUUAUUACUAAAUUUGACUGAACCAAAAUAAAUUUUUUAUUGAAAAAUAUUGUUAAAUAAUAACUUUACUUAAUAUUUUUAUCUUUGUCAUAAAUAAUGUUUAAGUGCGUAUUUAAGAAUAUUUAACUUCUCUUUAGUUCAAAAUUAGAAUAGAUGCAAUAUUUUGUUAAUUAAUUCUUUACCAACAUAUUUUAUUAAUAGAACUAUCAAUUAUUUAAACUAAAUAUUAUACCAAAUAUAUUUGAUGUAUUUUAAAUUAUGAUUAAUAUGUUUAGGACAAUAGUAUUUGUGUAGCUUAUUAUAUUGGAUUCGGAUAAACAUAAUAAUUCAGUUUGCAUAUAUUUUUAAUGUUUAAGAUUUUUAUGUGUAUUUGUCAAUUUUGUCUAUUCGUUUUAAAUAUUGUUUGAUAUUUUAAAGUAUUUGAAUAGUUUUACUAACAAGUUUCAAAUAGUUUUAAUGUAAACAUGUAACAAGAGAAAGAACAUUUCUAAGAAAGCUGUUUGUAAUCAUAGUUUAUCAUCAAAUAAUUUGUAUUGAUUAAUAUAUUGAAAAAAUAUUUUAUUUUAUUUUUAUUAGUAUAAAAUGACAAUGUUUGUUUUGGAAAUUUUUUUAUUAGUCAUUAUGGUAUAAAAUACUAAAUUAUAUAUUGUAUACACAUUAUAUUUGUUUAUAUCAAUUUAUUUGUCCAUUUUUAUCAUUGAUUUCUGUAAAAUAUUAAAGUAUUGUACUAAUAUUAUUAAAAUAUUACUAUAAAAAAAACGAUUCUGAGCAGAGUUCUGUUGAUAGUGCUGCUUUGUCAACAACAUAUAUGUCAUAUAGUAAAACUCCAAUUAUUCCAAUUCCAAAAUUAAAAUUGAUCCUGUUUUUUACAUUUGAAUAUAAAUCUCCAGAGAAAAUCGAAAAAAUUACCUUUCUAAAGUAUCCAGUGAAAUUUCCUUUUAGAAAAAUUGCUUCACAUACAAAUAUGAGCAAGAUCUCUGGUAGAAAAGUUGUCCAUAGAAAAAAAAAUAAUAAUAAACUUCUUUGUAGAACCAUAAGCUUCUCCGCUCCACUCAAAAUCUAAAAUACCAUGUAAAUCCAGUGGAUUUUCAAUUUAUUUUCUUUCAUACAAGCCUUAUGCUGAAAAUUUGGACAAAUUUAUAGACAUCAUUAACAGGAGUGUAAAUUCAUUAGACACAAGAGGCAUGUUGUUAAUGACUUCUAAAAUUCAUAAAUUCGAACUUUUUUGGUAACAUUUUUUUUAGCAACAAAUUAGAAGCUCUAAAGUUAUAUAGAUAUCCAACCAAUGCAACUUGUCAGGUUCUUAGUUUUGUACAAAAACUAUAAGUAUUUGAUACUACCACAAUAAAGUAAUAAGAAUUUGAUCUUUUUAUAUUUAUUUAUUUAUUAAUUCAGAUAAAAGUCCAAUUCACAAUAUAUUUGUAUAGAUAUACUUUAUAAAUAUUAAUAAUGAUUUUAUUUCAUUACCUAUCUCUCAGAAAUCCUUAUACUACAACAGAUGCUCACAAUUUAAAUGAAUUUAAACACUUUGACAGUGUGAGUAAAAUUAUAAAUCUAAGAGAAUUAAGAAUACAAUGUCAAACUGGAAUUAAUCUGAUAUCAACACUAAAAUUAACAUUUGUGUAUUUGACAGAUUUGAAACCAUAUUUAGUAAGUUAACAUCAUGAAUGUAAUUAAAGAAUAAUUAAAUUAUAAUUAUAAUGUUGUAGAUGAAGAAAUGUAUAAUGUCUUAUAUCUGUGAAUCACUAAUUAGUAAAUAAAUACAUAAAUAAAAAAAAAAAUAAAUGAAUAAAUGCGCCUGGAGUAUUAUAAUAAGUAUAUUAUAAUAAGUAUUACACAACUGGUUUCAAAUUAAAAAUUCAUCAUUAGGUAUAUCACAAUCAAAAUUUAAAACACAAUGAAAAAUGGGAGCAUUUAUUUAUUUUUAUUUUUAUAUAUAUUUAUUAACUAGUAUUUACCAUUUUAAUAAUUUUAUUUUUACUUUAUUAUUUUAUUA